AUGCUGUGGCAUUCGAGGAUCCUCUUUUCGCACGUGUGUUGCGCCAGCUUCCUUCUGUUCUGGAUUAUGCUGGGCACGGUGGUGGACGUGAUGGGGUCCCAGCAAGGGAUUCCACUCUCAGUGUGAGUGGAAGGUUUCAUAUUCAUAUCUUACAACCUUUCAGGUACUCGGUAAAUCAUACCUUUGCAUAUUGUUGAGUUUUUCAGCUGCUAGAUUACCUGAAGUGUGUAAGUAGUAGACUUGUUAUAUAAAAAAUUAUAAACAAGCAGCAUGUAAUAACAAUGUAACAACAACAACAAUAAUCAUAAUCAUAUAUUUUUUAUGUAAAUUAUUUAUUAGUGUUGGUGUCUAAUAAAUACAUUUUAAAAAAUGGGCUUAUUCUUUACCCUAUAAUAUCUGGCAUAAUAAUAAUAGCAUACGAUUAACAAAUGAAUAAUACAUCAAUGACAUGUACACACUAUUUAAAUGUAGCCUACAGAUGUCUUUAUUUUAUACAGACUGUUGUCUUUGAUACACAUAUGUCUAAAAUAACAACUCUACAAAAUAAUGCAAUUAUACCAUGUUAGUUUUCCUGGUUAACCCUGACUGCAUUGAGACACCACCAUCUGAAACAAUCUAUAGGCUACUUGGCAAGACUUAGGCAACAUUUUGCACCAACUUUAUCUACAUAGAUCAUCAGUUUAUAGCACAUCAAUAAGCACCACAUAAACAUGAAUAAAUAGCUACAUUGAAUGAAAUACUUAUCUACAAUGUAGAGUAUUUGCCAUACUGUUGAUGGACUCAGUCCUCUCAGGUCAAAUUCAACACACUUCAACAAUUUAUUUCUUAUAUGAGGGUCUUGUGGUUUUUCAAGAACAGGAGUAUCUUCAAGAACAUAGUUUAUCCUCAGGCCAGCCAUAUAACACACAGACAAUAGAUAUCCAUGGAUCUAUGAUUUCAUCUAGAUAUACAUGGAUCUAUGAUUUCAUCUAGAUAUACAUGGAUCUAUGAUUUCAUCUAGAUAUCCAUGGAUCUAUGAUUUCAUGGUUAGAGAUUUGUUUUGAAAUGUCUUACUGACAUAAUGUGUGUAAUCUCACCGUGUCAGCUGUGUUCACCUGAACUGUUAUAAUACCAAAAUAUCACAAUAUAGAAAUGUUCUGUUGGCUUCCAGGGUGAAGUUAUGGGCCUCAGCGUUUGGUGGAGAAAUUAAAUCAAUUUCUGCAAAAUACUCUGGAUCCCAGCUGCUGCAGAAGGUAUCUCUUUCUUCCCUCAAUCUUCUUUAUACUCACUCCUGUCCACGCACACACACACACUUUCAUGUUAUGGUGAGCUCACACACACACGCGCGCACACACACGCACACACACGCACACACACACACACUGUACACUGUAAUGCUGCAUUCUCCUCUAAUGGCUGCUGAUACAAUUCUGUGUCCCAGCUAAAUAUGGAUGUUGGUCAGAAAGGACUCAGGUGUGUGGUUCAGAGGCCUGUCUCUGUGUGUGUGUGUGUGUGUGCUGGACAUGGCCCAUUAACCACAGCACUGUUUCGUCUCUAAUCUCAUUUCCAGUUCACUCUCUGGAGUCAAGAGUUUCAACCCCAGGAUAUACAUGCGACAAGGAGACACAUUUUUAAAAAGUGUGUGGAGUGGAAUAGGCUGGGAUGGGUUUGGAGGCGAUAGGUGGGGUUCAGAGAGAAAGGUGGAGGAGAUAGAGGGAACAAGAGAGAGAGGGGGGGGGGGGAGAUAGAUGAAACAAGAGAGAGAGAGAGAGAGGGGGGGAUAGAGGGAACAAGAGAGAGAGAGAGAGGGGGGGGAGAUAGAGGGAACAAGAGAGAGAGCAAGAGAGAGAGAGAGAGAGGGGGUGAGGAGAUAGAGGGAACAAGAGAGAGAGAGAGGGGGGGGGGGGGGGAGGAGAUAGAGGGAACAAGAGAGAGAGAGGUAAAGAGAGAUGGGUUUGCAGAAAAACCCCUAAGUGAAAGUACAUGACCACUUGGGGGCAUACGUGGGCUCUCCAGUGUGAAAAUAGGUUAUGGUGUGUACACUACAGCACCUGUCAUCCAAGUGGAGGCAAUGUAUGCUGGAUAGUGUUGAUAAUUUCCGGUAUUUUUCCCAAAAUUCCCAGUUUUUCAGGAAUCCCAGUUGGAAGAUUAAAGGAAUAAGAAGGGAAUAAGCAGGAAAUUGGGAAUCUUCCAACCAGUAUAUCUGGAAAAUCUGUGAAUCUUCGAAAAUGAACCAGAAUUUUGCAACUCUAAUGUUGGACCCAGAGCUCUGGCUGGACCUGUGUGUGUCUCACAGUUACGCCACCGUACUUCAGGAAGGGCACAUAAGAUGUGUUCCAUGCAGUUCCCAUUGAUAAUCUAUUGUUUGUGUAUUUGUAAUGUUGAUAGGUUACAGUAAAAUAACAGCAUUUGUGUUCUCUUGGCAAUGUGGUCAGUGUUAUGGGCAUUAUGAAGUCUGAGCACUAUGUACUGUGCUUUCAGAAAGUAUUCAUAUCCCUUGACUUACUCCACAUUUUGUUGUGUUACAGCCUGAAUUCAAAAUGGAUUAAAUGGAUUAUUUUUCUCACCCAUCUACACACAAUACCCCAUAAUGACAAAUAGAAAACAUGUUUUUUGAAAUUGUUGCAAAUUUAUUGAAAAUGGAAUACAGAAAAAUCUAAUUUACAUAAGCAUUCACGUCCUUGAGUCAAUACUUUGUAGAAGCACCUUUGGGGGCGAUUACAGCUGUGCGUCUUUUUGGGUAUGUCUCUGAGGGCUUUGGACUCCUGUAUUGUACAGGUACCAGCCCCAUUCUUGAAAAUAUGAAGUGUGGUACUCAGUGAUGUGAUGUGUUGGAUUUUCCCCAAAUAUAACGCUUUGUAUUCAGGACAAAAAGUCAAUUUCUUUGCCACAUUUUGUGCAGUAUUGCAGUACCUUGUUGCAAACAGGAUGCAUGUUUUGGAAUAUUUGUAUUCUGUACAGGCUUCCUUCUUUUCACUCUGUCAUUUAGGUUUGUAUUGUGGAGUAACUAUAAUGUUGUUGAUCCAUCCUCAGUUUUCUCAAAUCACAACCAUUAAACUCCGUAACUGUUUUAAAAUCACCAUUGGCCUACUGGUGAAGUCCAGUGGCAGCCGCUGAUUGGCUGAAUACCCGGGGCACCAGAUGGUUGGAGUUGUCAACCAAGCAGCAUGACAGAAAUAUGAUGCCAAGUUUUCGACCUACCGGUAGUUUAUUUGAGAAGAUAAAUGAAGCGAUCUGAGCAUUUGAACAACAGUAUAAAUACACCUAUUUCACUUUUGCAUGUCAAAAACCGAAUGACCACUCCUGCACAUGCUGCCACCGUUUUGAACAGAUUAGAGCAGCCAGUUCACGAAUGAACGAGUACACCAGGGAGAUUGCAACAAGCACGCAGAUGCAAUAAGUGAAAACACAUUAUCUAACUGGGAAUAGAUAGCUAACAUAAUGUCACAAAGUAUGAUGUGCUAGCCAGUUAAUGUUCAUUCAUUAGUCAGAUAUGAGUUUAGAAAGACUUGAAAUUGGCAUGGGAGCUAACUAGCAAGCUACCAGCUAGCUAUAGCUAAUUUCAGCUUUACAUUUUUUAUUAAUUUCUUAAUGUUUCUACAAACAAAAUCCACUUUGACAUUAUGGGGUAUUGUAUGACACAAAAUCUCAAUUUAAUCAAGGCUGUAACACAAUAAAAUGUGGAAAAAGUAAAGGGGUGUGAAUACUUUCUGAAGACACUGUAUACUGUACUAUACACACAGGAUUAGAACUGGGCACUAAUGUGUACACUUUAUCGGACAGUCUGAGUUAAGUACGCAGGCAGAUCGAAUUGGAAUUCUGCCCUCGGCGCAUAAACCUGGAUGUAGACAAUCAUUUUAUUCCUACUGAUUUUUAUGCUCAAUUACCUUCAAUUGCGCUAUUAAUUUAACAGUGAAAUGAAUUGUAAUUAUAUCAUUCCAGAACUGCAGGGGUUUAAAAAUGAGUUGGAUUGAAAGACAGAAACAGUGAAUGACCAGAGAGAGACGGAAACAUGGGUCGUAUUCAUUAGUGCACACCGGAAUAAACCGUAGCAAACAGUUUUGCAAUGGAAAACGUUUUGCAAUGAAAAUGAGAGUUUCUUAUUGGACAAGUUCAGGUAAUCCCUCCCUGUUUCAGUCAGUUUUCUUCCAUUUGGUUUCUAGUUAAUACGACCCUGAUCUGUUACAUUGCUACAGUGCAUACAGUAUACUGUAUAGUGGUGGUGUGUUAUGUUGUGUGAUUGUGUGUGUGUGAACUCAGUGGUGAUAAAUGCAAGGAGAUAAAUAUCCCCGUCCAACUCCAUUCCUCAGCCUCACUGCAUGUGUGUGAUAAGGAGGAGCUCAGCUCAGCACCAGGCUGCUGCUGCAAUUCUAUAACCAUUAACACUGCUAGUGCUAGCAAUCUACACACUGCUGUAGCAAUAUAUGGGUAGUGUGUGUGUGUGUGUGUUUGUGUGUGUGUGAGUGUGUGUUGGAUGAGAGUGUACUUCAAAAAAGAAAACAAUUAUACACCCCACAUCUGCCUACUAUUUUGACUGUGUAACAUCCUCAGCUGAUUCUCCAUUGACCUGUGUAAGAACAGAACACUCUGAGGUAAAAUGUCCCCGGCAGUUGUUUUCCUUUCUGCGUGUGUAAGCACUUUCCUCAUGUUCCCGUUCAUGGAAGCAUGACUGGUUCAGAACACCUUACAUCCAAUCAGCAGGCCUCUUCCUCUCUUAGCGGCCAGUGAGGGAGGUGGAGAGAGAGAUACAGCUGGAUGGUAAGGGCUGAUCAUUAAGGAUGAUCAUUGGGUGCUUUAUGGGGAAUUAUACGUUUUCCACACAGGGCUGAGCUGCUGUAUGGGCAACAGAACAGGACUAUAGACACAGAAUGAAGACGCUGUGGUGUGUGUGCAUGUGUGUGUGUGUUGACUCCUCAGGCUUGGGUUCGGUCAGGCCUCAUCUACACAUCAGUCAUUACCUUAAUCAAUAAUCAUAAUCAGUUCUAUUGAUGGGUGGGGUUUAACCUCUCCACGAUGACUGGGGGGGUGGGGGGGUUGCUGAGGCAGGGAGGACAGGCGUGAAAUGAACUGUUCCGCUCCACUGCCGGUACACACUCUUCCUUUCCCUGGGUAAUUUGUUGCCUCAUGUAUUGGGAUUUGUGUGUGUGUAUGUAUGUGUUGUGUUUCUUUCUUUGAAUGUGUAUCAUUGGAAUUUGUGUGUGUGUGUGUGUGUAUGUGUGUGCGUGCGUGCGUGCGCGUGCAUGUGUGUGUGUAUGUGUGUGCGCACGUGAGCGUGUGUGUGUGAGGGACGUGAGAGACGUGCAGGUAAUACUGUGAUUAUUAUUUUGUGUGUGACUGUGUGCUACCUUUUUUUCAAUGUUAUGUUCUAUUCUUUUUGUGUGUUCUGUUGGGCUUUGUUCUGUCCCAGUGCAGGUGUAGUGUAUCCUGCAGACUCAGCAUUGUGUGAAGUCUAGUUCAUUAUCCAGAACCUCCCAAGCCUGACAUGUUAUUAUCUUUCUCCUGUGCUUUGACUCCAUUUCAAUUACCAUCCAACCGUGCAUGGCCUUCCCUCCCAGGCCACCCAGCUGCCAAUCAGAUCCAGAGCCACAGCUUGUCAGCUAAUUACUGAGACAAGAUAACCUAUCAAUCAAUUCAAUGAAACAGGACGCAUCUUAUCAGCCAAUCAUCUGAGACUGGGCUGGGGCUUGCAAGCCACUCUCUGAGACAUGGGAGCCCAUUGGGCACAGACGUCAAUUCAACAUCUAUUCCACUUUGGUUUAACGUAAUUUCAUUGAAAUUAUGUGAAAAUAACGUUCAUUCAACCAGUGUGCGCCCAGUGGGAGGGCUUGUUACACUGACUCUGCUAGUUCCAGAGGUGCAGGGAUAUGAGAGCUGGGGGAUUUUUCUUCAUUGGAUGUGAAGUGUGUGUGUGUGUAUGUGUGUGUGUGUGUGUGUGUGUGUGUGUGUGCAUGGAAUAACAGAUAGCGCAAAGGCUCACCUCACCUUAUCUGUUACUAAAACACAGGGCACAUUGGCUUACCCCCCCCCCCCCCCCCAAUAAAAACCCAUUGACAUGAGAUGUACAGUAUAUUCUAAAUGUUCUUGUGAUUUUCGUCCACUACACACACACACACACACACGCUCUCUGAACCGUUUUACCAUUGUACCAUUUACACCCUAUAUCCUGUGCACGUGACCAAUAAACUUUGAUUUCAUUAGCUUUGAUUUAUGUUUUGUCGGUAAUUGUAACAUGUUCACAUUUUAUUCACAUGUUUAUCAGUGAAGUAAAUGACAUAGCCUACAAGCCUCAGUUUGUAAUAUUAGUAUGUCAACUUUGCACAAACGUGAGAUGAUGAUUCGUUCAGUAUCAAAAUAUUAGAGUUAAAACAUAUAUAUUUUCUCUGUCAUUUACAGAAAUAUAAAGAAUUUGAAAAGUCCGUCCGAGUGGAAGAAAUUGAUGGCAUGAAAGUGGUCAAAACUCUAGCAAAGAAGAUGGAGGAAAUGUUCCGGAUGAAAAAGGUGGCCAUGCUGGUAUGUAUCGUCUCAUAUCUUUCAUUUUAUCUACCCUUCAAGUGCAUUAGGCUAUGUUUUCUGGAAGUAAGCCUAAUGCAGACAACUGAGAGUAGGAGACUUAGAAGUCAUUCAGAAAAAUAUCAAACUUUCUGUUAUUUCUCAGCCUCAGCUGCAGACAUGCACCGCAAGCAGGGUUAGAAAAAAAUCUAGAUUUAAGGCUAUAGAAAUGAUCAACAAAUGAUCUAGAUUUAUUGUUAUUAUUAUUAUUAUUAUUAUUAUUAUUAUCACAUUUAGCAUCUUAGGGCAUUUUCCUUAUAGGCCUAUCCAUGAUCAUGAAGCUGUUAUAACCAAUUGUAAGCAUAUUUCAGUGGUCAGAAAUGUAUUUUUUGUUUUCCGUCCUCGGUGGUGGGCAUGUCUAUUCAUAACACGGGUUUAAAUUACACUAGUGUUGCAUUUUAUCCAGCGGCCAUAUGCUAUUUACUACAAGGCAUUCUCCUGAGACAGAUAUAUAGCCGUUGGAAAUGUAAAUUGGGCCUGAGAGGAGAGGUGCAAGUAGCCUAUUUUAAUAGUUAACCCCAGUUGAGUGGUGUGAGAUGAUAGCGUUUAUCUCGCACCGCCAGAUCUCCCCGCGCCGGACUCUAUUACCUGAUGGUUGUAAUUCUACAUUGUGGGCCCAUUGCCUUUACCAUUCUCUAGGCCUAUUUAUUAGGCAGCAUUUCAAUCUGUGUGUUGCAGUGCUGUAAAUUGGACUAAUGCUUUCUGUGUAAACAAAUUCAUUAUUUGAAUGUAGCCUAGGCUACUAAAUUGCCUAGGCCUAUUUAAAAUGUAUAUGAGGCCUAUAUUCGUCAGAUGAAAAUGAUAAAAAUCGCAUUCGUUUACGUCUUUUUUUUUGUAGUGUGAAAAAAAUUACAGAUAGCCUAUUUUUCAAUUGGCAGCAGUCGAGAUGUUAUAUCCAGUUAAGGAAAUACCUAUAAUCACUAACUGACACAUUAUACCAGCGUCGUGGCAUAGCCUAUUCGAAAUGAAAAUUAAACAAUUACAAUGCAAUUCGUGUUUAUGAUAUUGACCUAGUCCUUGUGAGCCUUGCAUAUUUUGUUUACGAGGUAGGCUACCUGUUUUGAAAUUGCCUUUCGGCAAUAAGACUCAUUUGAUAUGGUUUGAAAGACCACCCUAUAGCAAAUGUUGGCAUCUUGUCAUUUGCACAUAAAAAAAUAGCCUAGGCCUGAAUAAAAAUCUGUUUACAUUUAGCGGCUUGAGGUUUCCUACUUAUUUCAAUAUGGCUGUAUUGCUGACGACACCAUCUAAGACUAAAACGCAAAGGUAUGAAAAUAAAUUAAGUUUAACUGUCACAAAAGAGUUUGCGCCAUGCCAUGCUGACAUUUUUGUUUGCGUUGCAGUUAUUUUGAUGUGCUGGACAGUUAUUAAUGACCUGUUCCAGAACGGCGACGAUGACUGUGGUGUUCAGCCUGCAUUUUCUCACGCAGGCAAGCACAUUUCAAGGAGGGGAAUAAUGUAGGCUAUAUAGGGUGUUGCGUGUUGUGCGAUCCGGUUAUACACUUGGCAAUAUGCCAAUCAAUCAUCUCACUGAACGCACAUAUUUCUGUGGGUGCCUUUCGAGGUAGACAUAUAGACUUAGGCCUACAGUAGCCUAUGUGAUUGGGAAAUUCUUAUCACAGAAAAAUAUUACAGAAUAUAGGCCUAUUGCUACGAUUUUCAUGUUGUUUCCAGCGGCAAGCGAGUCUUUCGUUUGAGGCACGUUAUUGAUAUAACUGUGCUGAAGAAACCCUAUCCUGGGAGGGGAGAAUCAGGAAUAUCAUUUGAAGUGGAUUAAGAAUAUAACCACCCACCAAAGAGCAUGAGCAUCACUAAAUAAUUAAAUAAUCAAAUUAUCGCUAUAAUCAUUCAUAAGUUGCCUGUUGAAGAGGGAGUGGCGACAGUUUCGGUAAACCGCAAUUAGGAAAAACACAAGUGUAAAUUCAACACCCUGGUCAGCGUCCACUGACAAACCACAAUGGGACUCAUAUAAUAUCACAAUAUACUAUAACUGCACCAUUAGCAAUAAUAGGGUACUUCUUCUUUUGACAAGUUCUGAAUGCAAUUUCACCCUCAAGGAACGUUGAUUUGUCUUCUAAUGAAUCACGAAGCAUAUAUAUGAAUAGGACACCGAUAUGAAAAGUAACGCAACACAGCAAAUUGUCUAACCAUUAGUUUUCAGAAAUAUAUAAAUGUGGGAAAAUGUAUAGAAUAGUGCAAGACAUGGAAGGGAGAAUGGACUAAAUAUUCUGUUGGUCCCUUCUUUAUGUCCGAGACUGGCUUGGGCUGUCCCCUGCCCAGAGCUGCAGGAGGAGUACUGUAGAGCAGGCUCGUGUCUCUGUGCUCCAAACAGCCAGGCAGGCAGGGCCAUUCCUUAGCCCUCAGCUCUCUGGCCCUCUGUUACUGCAGACGUACUGCCUUCCUGCAGAAGGCUGGCUGAGACUAGAAGCUACUGAGACCGUCUGACAUUGUCGGGGGUCAAAUAACUCUUGAUCAUGGGUGAUGACUUAGAGUAAAGCCGGUGUGCUGAUGCUUCCCCUCUGUCCUCCUCCCCUCAUCUCCACCCCUCCCCUCCCCUAUCUCCCCCUUAUCUCCCCCCUUCAGCGGCUGGUGGAGGCAGCAGAGGAGGCCCAUCUACAGCACGAGGAGAACCCAGAGCUGCAGGUGAGACGGGUGGGGGGUGGGGGGGAGAAAAGAGAGAGAAACGAGAGAGAAAAGAAGAGAGGGGUGAAAAAGGAAAGACAUCGGGAUAAGGUGAAGUGUAGAAGACAGAGAUACAGUCAGUAGUGUAAAAUAUAGAAGGGGUACCCAUCCCUAUAUAGUGAACUAUUUGGGAUACAAUUUAUAACAAGGUGACAGAAGGGGAUAGGGACAGUAUAGUGGCUGUUGGCAUUGAAAGUCCUUCACAUUAAUACCCUGUGACUGUGAUGAUCAAUAAUGCCUUUUUAAAAAGCAACACUGCAUACUGCACAUUGAAGAACGCCAUACCGUCAUAAUGCACAGAUUAUUUUAAAGCGUAAUCAUCAUUCAUAAGUAGCCUGUGACUGCAACUGUUGAAGAGGGAGUGGCGAGAACUGCUAUUGGGAAAAACACAAGUCAAGUAUUCAAGUUCAGCGCCCACUGACAAACCACAAUGCACUCAUAUUAUAUCAUAAUGUACUAUAACUGCACCAUUAGCAAUAAUGGGGUACUUGUUCUUUUGACAAAUCUUAAAUGCAAUUUCACACUCAAGGAACAUUGAUGUAUUUGUCUUCUAACAUAUCACGAAGCAUAGCAAUGCAGGACAGAAAAAUGAUUGGAUGUCAUGCUACAACAGUCAGCUGUGUCUUUGGGUUAUUUUAACUUCAUACAUGAAAUAUUCAUACAUUCAUAAAUACUCAUACAUUUAUGGAAUUUGAGACAAUACAAUAUUCCCAUUGUGUGUGCUGCGACAUGUGUUCAGGUGUGGUUUCCAACUUUCCAUGCAGGUGUAUUGUACAGCUCAGCCCAGAUCAUUGUGCUCUUUAAAUGACAUUAACCUAGCUGUUAUUGCUGGCUUCUUCCUUGGCGCAGUGAGCCUCCUCUUCCUAUGCGGUGGGAUUGCAGUAAUUCUGUAACACUGAGAAUGUACAGGACCCUCCCUCCCUCUUUCUCUUUCUCUUCCUCUCUCUCUCUCUCUCUCUCUCCCUCUCUCUCUCCCUCUUUCCAGUAGACAAAGAUUAAUGAAACUCUUAUGCACAGUGCAUUGUUCCACUUUUCCUCCUGAAGAUUGGAAACUCACUCGGGCAACAAAACACUUUAAAAUAAUGGCGCCACACUUCCCAGUUAAUAGACGCAUUUACGUUAUGAAUACAUUGUGAUCACCCCAUGGUUUGCAGGUUUUGUUUCUCGGGUGAUUAUAUGGACGUAUUGGAAGAAGGUCGAGAAGGUCAUUAUUACCAUUGUAGGACCGAAUUUCCUUCUCCAUAUUUCAAUGUUAUUAUUCUUCAUUACUCUGCACUUUUAACAGUUUGGGGAUAACACUCGGAUUAAAUGUGACCAGAUGAUUAUGUAUGUUCCUUGCUGUGGUGAUAUUCAUGUUCUUUAUAACAAUGCAAUUAUGUACACAACAUUAUUGUAUUGUUUUAUGAUUUAAUAGCAUAUUGUCAUUGAGAAAAUGGUUUCCUGUUUUUUUAAUGGGUGUUAUAUUUAGUUCUACAGAAGGCUACACAUAUGCUGCAUUUACAGCACAGGCCUACACAUUUAAAAUAUCUACACAUGCUUACAAUCUAUUACUGAUUGUUUAGCUGAUAUUUUAGUGCAUUCUUAACAGGGCUACUAUUUUAGAGAAGCAUUGUUUAGUAUUAUUUGAAAUGGUGACCAAAUUCAUCCCUUUGUUAAAGCUAUGAGAUUGUUAACGCUAUGCGAUACAGCCUGAGCCGAAUAAUGUGCAUCGAUCUCUCACGUGGUUAUUAUUCUGUCAACAAAUGUAUUUCGUUCUUUCCUUUAGGCUCUAUUCAGUCUACUUAUGUUACAGUGAACUUGCUGCAACUUCAUGCCCGCAUGUUCAUUGUAAAAAUCCUAACGCCUACUCUUCAUUGUAAAAAUCUAGGGUAGGCUACUCCGCAGCUCCCCGUCUCUUUAGAAAACUGUUCCGAAAGAUUUUCAGAAUUGCUAAUCGUUGAUUUAAAAGUUCUAGAGUAGGCUAAACCAUAUUUUUUUCUUCAAAGCAUAGUCUACAAUGAACGGCAAAAAAUGCCUCAUAUAUAUUUAUUAUCAGCAAAAGUAGCCAAACUAUUUUAAAGCCUCAUAAACUUCUACUGCUUACAAAACAUGUAUCUCCUAUUUAACAUUAAAACCAAAAUGCCAGAGAAACAUCUAGCAUAAAAUAAAAAUACAUUAUUAUUUUGUGGGAUCUGUUAUCGAUAACCUAGGGGCUACUGAGCGGAUACAGUGUUUGAGAGAGUUCACCUUGCGGUAUACCAUGCAGUCACACACGUCACCUGCACGCGCUUAAACCCUGGCUGUAUAGCCUAACACGGGUCAAUGUAAAACACUACACCGUCUUAAAACGAGACAAGAGUGAACUCGGGAAAUGGUGCGUGAAAAAUGCAUGGUGUCAGCAAACGGCAAGAGGUUGAUUAAAUGAUGCGUCACAGAGUUUGAUGUUAUAAAAUGAUCUAAUAUCCUUAACGCAGGUUUUUAUGUAGCCUCAUUUUCGUCAGUUUGAAUUUCCACUUGAUAAAGUAGGCUACAUAUAGGCUACAGUAUGUUUGCUUCAACAUAAAAAAUCUAAACAAAGUUACAUCCCACUGGGCACAGAUGUCAAUUCAAGUCUAUUCCACAUUGGUUCAAUGUAAUUUCAUUGCAAUGACGUGGAAACCAAGUUGAUUCAACCAGUGUGUGCCCAGAGGGAUUGAUUAUAGCUGGGAAAUAAUAUUAUAACAUAGGUCUGUAUAAAUCAUUACAUUUAUUAAUCUACAGUCUUUUUCUACAGACAGUAUUUUUGAAACCUUUGUGUGAAGUCUGUAACUAUUGCAGAGUAGUCUCAGUAAUUCUGGCUGCCUACCUUCAGUCUGAGGAUCAAAUGGUCACUAUGGAGCAAGGGGUCUCCUUGAAGAGACUUGAGAGAGAUUGAUAAGACACUCUCAUAGGUGGUAUAUUGACCUCCAAGAUGGGGUCGAGUAAGGAAGGCAACACAUGAGCCAAGUCAGCCCGGGUUUAGACCAGUUAUACCCUUUAUACACUACUGAGGCAAGCCAAGCUAUGCCAAGCUGUACUGCGCCUGGCCUGGUUAAGUAUCCAUCCAUAGUUGCUGCAUGGAACCAUGCUGGAAAGGAUAUUGUGAAAAUUCAGGGUUGCACAAUAAUGUGAAAAGGGAAUUAGACCUACCAAUGCCUGCCUAUGCAGCCAGCCCUGGUACAGUACACUCUUAGAAAUCAGGGUUCCAAAAGGGUUCUUCGACUGUCCCCAUAGGAGAACCCUUUAUGGUUCCAGGUAGAAUCCCUUUGUGGUUCCAGGUAGAACCCUUUAGGGUUCCAUGUCGAACCCUCUGUGGAAAUGGCUCUACCUGGAACCACAAACAUUUCUUCAAAGGGUUCUCCUAUGGGGACAACCCAAGAACCCUUUUAGGUUCUCGAUAGCACCUUUUUUUCUAAGAGUGUAGGCCCAAUCUCUCUGCAGUGGUGUACAGUAACCUACAUGAAGAGUCAGUGGAGCGUCUCGGCCGUGGAGCCGCAGUGUCCCCUGCCCAGCCUGGCCCUGCUCUACUCCUGCUCUACACUACAGUAAUAACCCUGAUGGUUAACGGCCCUCUUUCUCUACAGCACUAUCACUUCUGCUGAGCGUGCACAUUUCUCUCCUCCUCCCCUCCUCCCCUCCUCCCCUCCUCCCGCUUCGGCCAGUCAGAGGGGCGCCCAGCCGUGGUAUGAGCUGUCAGACCCUGCUUUAUGGUGAUGCCGGCGUGGCCUUCCCCGAGUACGCCACAGAGUCCAUCACACCUCCCUCUCUCCCGCUCCCUCCCUCCAUCCCUCCCCCCAGCACCACGCUGGCAAACAGGGGGCCCGUCAGUCCACAGCCAGAGCCGUCCUGCUUAGAUAGAAUGAGAGAGUCUCUCCUCUAAGCAGGUCCAGGGGUUCAGCACUGUGAAGGACAGGCCAAUCACACGGCAGAGUUACACUUUAGAAAAGUCUGAUUGUUCUCUUAACCCUCAUCGUCCAGAGUGCUGAGCACCAGAGCUAACCACCACUGCUAGUCUGCUACACUGUACCUUCCACUCCAUAUGAAACCUAUCCAAGAAAGUGCUGAGCUUGACUCUACUUACUGUAUAAAUACACAGUCUAAAUGCAGCUCUAAUGUACUUUGACCUCAUGUCCCUUUAUGUAACACUUGUGUGUUUUUCUCGUCAUUGUCUGGGUUGUCAAGAGAAAUAAAGUACCACUUUAUAGCUAUAAGGCUACUGAAACUGGUUGUUGAGUUGAAUGUUCAUUCUGUUGUUUCCCCUCAUCAGUGUGAGUACUUCAAUGCAGCACUGGUCUGAUUAUUGGAUUUUAACUCUAUAUAUCUGCACUGUGUCUGUUCCUCCCCAGUAUGAGUACUUUAACGCAGUGCUGAUCAACGAGGUGGAUGAGGAGGGCAACAACGUGGAGCUGGGAGGAGAGUUCGUCCUGGAACCCAACGACCACUUCAACAACCUGUCAGUCAACCUCAGCCUCAGUGUGGUGCAGGUGCCCACCAACAUGUACAACAAAGGUACGUUCAACAACUCACACCAACGUGUACAACAAAGGUACGUUCAACAGCACACACCAACGUGUACAACAAAGGUUUGUUCAACAACUCACACCAACGUGUACAACAAAGGUACGUUCAACAACUCACACCAACGUGUACAACAAAGGUACGUUCAACAACACACAUCAACAUGUACAACAAAGGUACGUUCAACAAAACAUACCAACGUGUACAACAAAGGUUCGUUCAACAACACUCACCAACGUGUACAACAAAGGUUAUUUCAACAACACACACCAACGUGUACAACAAAGGUGCGUUCAACAACACACACCAACAUGUACAACAAAGGUACGUUCAACAACACACACCAACGUGUACAACAAAGGUGCGUUCAACAACACACACCAACAUGUACAACAAAGGUACGUUCAACAACACACACCAACGUGUACAACAAAGGUACGUUCAACAGCACACACCAUCACCAACACCCAACAGAGCCCACUGGAAAUAAAGUGUAGGGGUAGAUCUAAGCCUCGUUGUGGUCCAGGUGCCCACCAACAUUUACAACUAAGGUAGGGACACUCAGAGACCACUGUGUGCAAAUAUUGAUAUCAAAAAAGUAGGACCAUGCCCACAAGAGAUGAGCUAAGCGUGGGUGCAUGGCAGGAACAGAGUUGCCCUUCGUUGUAUAAUACAAAUAUAUUGAAUUGAAUUGUGUGAGAAUCUGAUUUGUGGUCAAUUUCAUGUAAAUUCGGGAAACAAAUUCAGAUUCAAAUUAAAACAACUGACAUUUUCAAUGGAAUGGAAUGGACCUCAACACUGCAUGGUGAGAAUGAAGUGAUGCUCUAGCUGUGUCAGUAUCAGUAUCACUGGAGGGUGGGGGGAUCCAUCAUGGCCCAAAGAUAGAGAGAGCAGUAACACUACAGGCCUUUCAAAGACAUUGGAGUGAGUGACGAGAGAAGGGAGAGAAGGAAGGAGGGGAGAGGAGAGAGGAAGGGAUGAGGUUAUUUCUCUUGCAGUGAAUGACUGUUCAGCUGUUAUUUGUUUUCUAGCCCAGUCAGCCAGUGUCGCCUCUCUGUGUAGCCGUGGCUGACUUUUCUCUGGAUGUAAUGGCCUCCUCAGUGCUCCCCACUCUCCCUUUGUUCUUGGUACAAUGGGAGGCUCCCUGACAGGAUCAGCCUCUGCUCUGGCUGUGUGUGUGACUGUGCAUGCAUGUGUGUCUCUGUGUGUGUCUGUGUGUCUGUGUGUGUGUGUGUGUGCGUGUGUGUCUCUUUGUGUGUGCGUGUGUGUCUCUGUGCGUGUGUGUCUCUGUGCGUGUGUGUCUCUGUGCGUGUGUGUCUCUGUGCGUGUGUGUCUCUGUGUGUUGUGUCUCUUUGCGUGUGUGUCUCUGUGCGUGUGUGUCUCUGUGCGUGUGCGUGUGUAUGUGGAGGCCAUGCCUCAUUGUCCCUCCACCAGGGGGGUCAAUAAGGGCCAAAGCUUAACGGUCCAGCACACCUGUGUUCUGUGUUAAUGGUGAAGAUCAUUAUUACCUGGUUAUUAUCUCUCUCACGCUGUCGCUCUCUUCCCUCCUUCCCCUCUCUCUUUCCCCGCCUACCCUGGUCUAUGUUCUUUCUAGGGAUGGACUGAUAGAGAGAGAGAGAGAGAAGAGAGAAGCGAGAGAGCAGAGAGAGAGAGAGCUAGAGAGAGAAAGAGAUCGCUCUCCGGAUAUGAUAGACUAUGACUCUCUAGCGAUAUCUCUCUCUCUCUAUCUCUCUCUCUCUCUCUCUCUCUCAUCUCUCUCUCUCUCUCUCUCAGAUCCAGCCAUAGUGAAUGGAGUGUAUUGGUCGGAGGCCUUGAAUAAAGUGUUUGUGGAUAACUUUGAAAAAGACCCGUCCCUGAUAUGGCAGUACUUUGGAAGUGCCAAGGGCUUCUUUAGGCAGUAUCCCGGUGAGUUGUGUGUGUGUGCGUGUCUAAGUGUGUGGGUAUAUGAGCGUGGGGGAGGUGCAGGGAGCAGUCACUGUAUGAAAUGGGGGGAAAUGAAAUGGAAUCACUACAAGGGUGAUUUUGCUAAUGUUGUAAUUUUACAGACCAUCAGAGAGGAUGCAUAUAGCAAAUUAAUCAGAAUGUGUGAGUCCAGCAGCAACAUACUACAAAGCAGUCCAGAGCAAUGGCAGUCAGACAUAUGGGAUCAUUACAGCACCAUCAGACAGCCACAAUGCUGACUGCAGUAGUAUAACCUUCCGUAACACCAAGAAGAUGAGCUAUAAAUGGUGAUACAGAAAUGUGUGCCUUCUCAUUGCAGUCAUAUCAUUUAAAGUCAUUCACCACUGUGGAUGACUGUGGAUAAUGUCCUGCAUAGUUGAGACUAGAGUAGUGUUAUACCCUGUACACAUCGGGACGUAUUUCAUUACGCCGUACGUCAUCUUCACGCAAUCUCGUUCCGCUACUGGACCGAGAGCAUAGGGUUUCACAACACAAGACAAGAUGGAAGAAAGCCUAGUCUCUCAUCAGAGAUAGCAUUUAUUUUGGGAGAUUGUAAAAUAUGACCUUUUCAUUCAAGACAGGAGACACAUAUUGUUUUAGGUGAUAAUUAAACGUUUUGUUUAGUUAUGUUUUUCCUCAACUUGUUUCUCUAACUUUCUAGCAAGUCAAGCUAGCUAACAGAGCAGGUAGCUAGCUAAAAGCUAGGCUAGGUUGGAGAUAGUGUAGCUAAUGACCACCACCUAAUAAUUGUAAUAAAAAACAAACAUCAUUACCGUCACAAUAAACUAAAAUGGGAGGCAACAGUCCAUUUAACAUUGCUAUUCAAAUAGUAUUCACUUAUAGGAAUGGGUAAUUGUUUAAAAGUUGCUAGCUAUCCCAUAAAGCCAUUGCCGAAAACCACAUAUUUUCAUCUUGUUCUGUGGUUUGGGAACUUCCUGUUCUAUUGACAACUCUGGCUGCAACACAGAUGAUCCAUUAUAUUGACCAGAUACUCUAGUGGCCGCUAUAACAAUGAAAAUAAAUGGAAGGCAGUCGGGAGGAGGCAAGAUCAGGUGGGACCAUUUUAGCCAAUGAGAUGGCAGAUAUGUGUGUGAACAAUAGGCACCACGGUUUACAAUAGUUACCACAACCACAAAGUCAAAAUUGGCUAUAUAGUAUUUUUUUGUUGUUGCUUUUUGUUUUUAAUUUAAGGUUAGGGUUAGGAAUAAGGUUAACAUUUUAAGAAGAGAAACUGUAGAAAUAGGUGGUGUUUAUGACUUUGUGUCUGUGGUAACUAGUGACGAUCAGGCACAACUCUGAUAUAAAUGGGUUUUUCUCAAAGUUGUCAGGUUGUCACGUGUCCUACUUAUAUCAGUACACUCAUAACAACCUAAUCAUUAUGAAACUUCUAUUCGAUCAAAUAAGCCACCAUGUAGAAAAUAUACCAUUACAUGUUUUGUUAACUAAAUUUGACACUCUCAUUUGACCUCCAUACAAAAACACCUCGCUUGGUGAGCGAAAAACCCCCCAAAAAACGCCACCUGCUGGAGAACACAGAUUUUGGACCCAGUUAUCCCUCUCGCUUCGCCUCUUCUUCUCUGGCUGCACUGCAGACGACGCAAAGUUUGGACAAAUUCUAAGAAUGCAACAUCCGUUUCGCAAAGGAGCCUUCAACCGCAAGGGGGCGCUGCGAUUCCACUCCGUUGCGGACGAUCCCCAUUGAAAUGAAUGACAUCCAGACUGCUCAGUAAUGUGAAUGCGGCUUUAGAGUGUAGGACAUAAAAGCAUAGCACUGUGCCCUUCAGGGAUCUGACAUCCGUAGACCUGACUCUCCUUUCUCAUUUUUAUUGAGUAGCAAUGAAAGAAACAGAGACAACCCUGCUUAUUGAACCCCCAUUUCUACAGGCAAUGUGCAGUCCACAGUUGACUCUGGCACAUCCUUACACUCUGUAUGACUUGAACAUGGUGCUUUGUGUAUCUACUGUAGCUUCAUUUCUUUCUCCACAUGGUUGCAGGGGUCAAAUGGCAUCCAGACGAACACGGGGUCAUUGCCUUCGACUGCAGGAACAGGAAGUGGUAUGCCUUUUCACAAUAGGUCAACAUUAGCCAAUUAGAACAUGGCUUCUUCUCUUGCUAUGUAGUCUACAAUAUGAUGUCCAUAUCAAGACAUUUGUGCAGUGUACAGCAUGGCAAGUCUUGACCCCUGUCGCGUACGUUGUCCAUUUGUUGUGUGUUGCUUUGGCUCCGCUACAGUCCAUUGAUCCCAAUCACAGAUUGUGUGUUGUUAUGCUACACUUGAUAUACCCCCAUUUAUUUAAUGGAUAGAUAGAACCAAUGUUUUGGCUAGUGUGUGGAUACUAGUCUGUCAUCCCUCCAUGCUCAGGUACAUCCAGGCAGCGACGUCUCCUAAAGACGUGGUGAUCCUGGUGGACGUUAGUGGCAGUAUGAAGGGCCUGAGACUGACCAUCGCCAGACAGACUGUCUCCUCUAUACUGGACACACUGGGAGACGAUGACUUCUUCAACAUCAUCGCUGUCAGUCUCAUUAAUGACCUGUUUGUGGGGGUGGGAUUGUGUGUGUGUGUGUGUGUGUGUGUUUGUUGGGAGGGGUGGUGGUGUGUGUGUGUGUGUGUUUGUGGGUGUCUGCUGAAUGUAUUGCCCUUAGCGUAUUAAACUUAUCGGUUUAUCUGAGUAAAAUAUGAUGUGUGUGUGUGCAUGUGUGUGUGUGUGUGUCUGUGUGUGUGUGUGAGUGUGUGUGUGUGUCUGUGUGUGUGUGUGUGCGUGUGUGUGUGCGUGUGUGUGAGUGUGUGUGUGUGUCUGUGUCUGUGUGUGUGUGUGUGUGUGAGUGUGUGUGUUUCAUGUAUCAUUCCACUCAUAUCUAACCCUCUCCAUAUGUGUUCACAGUACAAUCAGGAGAUGCACUACGUGGAGCCUUGUCUGAACGGUACACUGGUACGGGCUGACAGAAAUAAUAAAGCUGUAAGUUCCCCCGGCCCUGCAUUAAAGAUCAUAAUUGGUUAAAGAAAAUUAUGAUAAAUAAAAAAGUAUACCAGUUUCAUUUAAGGACCAAAUAAUUGACAGCCGUGCCAUAUAGAUUACAAAAUAGUUGGGAAGAGAUUUUUGACGUACCGAUUCCAUAGCACAUGCUUUAUGAACUGAUAUGCAAAACGACGCCGCAUUCAAAACUUAGAAUUUUUCAAUUUAAAUUAUUAUACAAAAUUCUUGCAACCAAUAGAAUGUUAUUUAUAUAGGGGAUACAACCUUCCCAGCUCUGCAUAUAUUUUGCUGCGAAGAGGCAGAAUCAUUAGAUCAUUUGUUUUGGUACUGUCCAUAUGUAGCUUGUUUUUGGUCAUAGGUCUAGGAAUGGCUGAAGAAUUGCAAUAUUUACCUGGAGCUAACCCUGCAAAUAGCACUACUGGGUGAUCUGAAAAGUCAUAGUCAAUCGAUCAAUAAUAUAAUAAUACUUUUAGCAAAAAAUGUCUAUUUUCAAUUUACAAUCUGUAGAAACAAUGAGAAUAGAAAGGUUCAGAACUUUUGUGAAACAUCACAGCACAGUUGAAAAAUAUAUGGAAAUAGAAAUCCAAUAUGGAUGGUGUUAAGAGAUAGAUGGGAGGGGUUGAAUGGAGCUGAAGGUUGGGACUAAAUACAACUAAUAACAACAAGAUAACUAAUGUAAAACAAACUGUGUCCUGUAAAAAGUAUAUAGGUUAUAGGUUAAGAACUGUUGUGAAAGAGCACAGUUUGAAAGAUAUGGCAAAUAGAAAUCAAACCGGAUGGACAUCAGAAAUAGAUGGGAGAGGUUGAGGGUAGAGGAAGGACAGCAGUAAAAAUCAAACAAAAUAUAAUUAUUGUAAAAUAGAUUGUGUUCAUAAAAUGUAUAUAGUAUGUAUAAGCUGGAAGUAGAGGCAUAAGCGUUGUUGUUCACUAGUUUACUGCAAUUAGGGGAGGAGUGGUAGGGUUAGAAAGUAAUAAAGGAAAAUAUAUAUUUUUAAGGGAUAUGUAUAUAUAUAUAUAUGUAUAUGUAUUUAUAUGUAUGUAUGUAUGUACAGUGAGGGAAAAAAGUAUUUGAUCCCCUGCUGAUUUUGUACGUUUGCCCACUGACAAAGAAAUGAUCAGUCUAUAAUUUUAAUGGUAGGUUUAUUUGAACAGUGAGAGACAGAAUAACAACAAAAAAAUCCAGAAAAACGCAUGUCAAAAAUGUUAUACAUUGAUUUGCAUUUUAAUGAGGGAAAUAAGUAUACAGAAUGGGCUACAAGACCAUCGGCAAGCAGCUUGGUGAGAAGGUGACAACAGUUGGUGGGAUUAUUCGCAAAUGGAAGAAACACAAAAGAACUGUCAAUCUCCCUCGGCCUGGGGCUCCAUGCAAGACCUCACCUCGUGGAGUUGCAAUGAGAACGGUGAGGAAUCAGCCCAGAACUACACGGGAGGAUCUUGUCAGUGAUCUCAAGGCAGCUGGGACCAUAGUCACCAAGAAGCUCUUUGGCAUCAACUCAACUCGCCGUGUUUGGAGGAGGAGGAAUGCUGCCUAUGACCCCAAGAACACCAUCCCCACCGUCAAACAUGGAGGUAGAAACAUUAUGCUUUGGGGGUAUUUUUCUGCUAAGGGGACAGGACAACUUCACCGCAUCAAAGGGACGAUGGACAGGGCCAUGUACUGUCAAAUCUUGGGUGAGAACCUCCUUCCCUCAGCCAGGGCAUUGAAAAUGGGUCGUGGAUGGGUAUUCCAGCAUGACAAAGACCCAAAACACAUGGCCAAGGCAACAAAGGAGUUGCUCAAGAAGAAGCACAUUAAGGUCCUGGAGUGGCUUAGCCAGUCUCCAGACCUUAAUCCCAUAGAAAAUCUGUGGAGGGAGCUGAAGGUUCGAGUUGCCAAACGUCAGCCUCUAAACCUUAAUGACUUGGAGAAGAUCUGCAAAGAGGAGUGGAACAAAAUCCCUCCUGAGAUGUGUGCAAACCUGGUAGCCAACUACAAGAAACGUUUGACCUCUGUGAUUGCCAACAAGGGUUUUGCCACCAAGUACCAAGUAAUGUUUUGCAGAGGGGUCAAAUACUUAUUUCCCUCAUUAAAAUGCAAAUCAAUUUAUAACAUUUUUGACAUGUGUUUUCAGGAUUUUUGUUGUUGUUAUUCUGUCUCUCACUGUUCAAAUAAACCUACCAUUAAAAUUAUAGACUGAUAAUUUCUUUGUCAGUGGGCAAACGUACAAAAUCAGCAGGGGAUCAAAUACUUUUUUCCCUCACUGUAUGUACACUACCGGUCAUAAGUUUUAGAACAUCUACUCAUUCAAGGGUUUUUCUUUAUUUUUACUAUUUUCUACAUUGUAGAAUAAUAGUGAAGACAUCAAAACUAUGAAAUAACACAUAUGGAAUCAUGUAGUAACCCAAAAAGUGUUAAGCACAUCAAAAUAUAUUUUAUAUUUGAGAUUCUUCAAAUAGCCAACCUUUGCCUUGAUGACAGCUUUGUACACUCUUGGCAUUCUCGCAACCAGCUUCACCUGAGCACUUGUUGGCUGCUUUUCCUUCACUCUGCGGUCCGACUCAUCCCUAACCAUCUCAAUUUGGUUGAGGUCGGGGGAUUGUGGAGGCCAGGUCAUCUGAUGCAGCACUCUAUCACUCUCCUUCUUGGUAAAAUAGCCCUUACACAGCCUGGAGGUGUUUUGGGUCCUUGUCCUGUUGAAAAACAAAUGAUAUUUCCACUAAGCCCAAACCAGAUGGGAUGGCGUAUUGCUGCAGAAUGCUGUGGUAGCUAUGCUGGUUAAUUGUGCCUUGAAUUCUAAAUAAAUCACACAGUGUCACCAGCAAAGCACCCCCAACCAUAACACCUCCUCCUCCAUGAUUUACGGUGGGAAAUACACAUUCGGAGAUCAUACGUUCAUCCACACCGCGUCUCACAAAGACACUGCGGUUGGAACCAAACAUCUCACAUUUGGACUCCAGACCAAAGGACAAAUUUCCACUGGUCUAAUGUCCAUUGCUCGUGUUUCUUGGCCCAAGCAAGUCUCUUCUUAUUAUUGGUGUCCUUUAGUAGUGGUUUCUUUGCAGAAAUUCGACCAUGAAGGCCUGAUUCACACAGUCUCCUCUGAACAGUUGAUGUUGAGAUGUGUCUGUUACUUGAACUCUUUGAAGUAUUUAUUUGGGCUGCAAUUUCUGAGGCUGGUAACUCUAAUUAACUUAUCCUCUGCAACAGAGGUAACUCUGGGUCUUCCAUUCCUGUGGCGGUCCUCAUGAGAGCCAGUUUCAUCAUUGUGCUUGAUGGUUUUUGCGACUGCACUUAAAGAAACUUUCAAAGUUCUUGAAAUGUUCCGUAUUGACUGACCUUCAUGUCUUAAAGUAAUGAUGGACCGUCGUUUCUCUUUCCUUAUUUGAGCUGUUCUUGCCAUAAUAUGGAAUUGGUAUUUUACCAAAUAGGGCUAUCUUCUGUAUACCCCCCUACCUUGUCACAACACAACUGAUUGGCUCAACCGCAUUAAGAAGGAAACAAAUUCCACAAAUGUACUUUUAAGAAGGCACACUUGUUAAUUGAAAUGUAUUCCAGGUGACUUCCUCAUGAAGCUGGUUGAGAGAAUGCCAAGAGUGUGCAACGCUGUCAUUAAACCAAUUUAAAUAAUUUGUUUAACACUUUUUUGGUUACUACAUUAAUCCAUAUAUGUUAUUUCAUAGUUUUGAUGUCUUCACUAUUAUUCUACAAUGUAGAAAAUAGUACAAAUAAUGAAAAACCCUUGAAUGAGUAGGUGUUCUAACACUUUUGACCGGUACAUAUGUAUAUGUAUGUAUUUAUGUGUGUAUGUAUGUAUAUGUAUAUUUGCAAAAAUAUAUAUGGGUGAUUGGAAGUGAUGCAGACAAUUACAUUGAUGGAAGCUACAAUCUACCAGCAAUAUUAAAGCUGAUCUACCCCCUAAAAUAAUAAUCUUUAAACAAUGAGGAAAAUGAUUUUCUUUCCAUUUUUACAAAAAAAGUUCCUCUCUCUCUCUCUCUCUCACACACACACACACACACACACACACUUACACACACACACACACACACACACACACACACAAUUGUAUGUAGAUCAUAUCAGAGGGAAUUUGUUUGAUUAAUACUCAAAUCAUACUGUAUGUUUACCUCUUCCCUUGUUAUCUAUUAGCAUUUCAGAGAACAUCUGGACAAGCUGUUUGCCAAAGGGAUUGGUCUGCUGGGUGAUGCUCUGACCGAAGCGUUCACCAUUCUAAAUGAUGUAAGUUCAGCCUUGGACUUUAACACUGUAUUUGUUCAUUCAUUGGUUCAUUGGUUCAUUCAUUCAUUUGUUUAUUCGUUCAACACAGACAUUGCACAAACAAAUAUACAGUAGUUACAUCUUACAGGUGCUCUAUCUGUGUAUCUAUAUCAUGAACAUCACACAUACUGUAAUACUCAACUCAGCAAAUGUCUCCAAUGUAGAGCGGAUGAAACACACAACACAAAACCUUAAACACAAAUUGGUUCUCAAAUGCGUCUCGGACUUCAGUUUAUUUCCAGAAUGACUUUUUACUUGAUUGAACAACAAAUAUACGUAAACACUCUUGGGUACACGGCAGAGACGUUUGAGUAGAAAGGCAGUUAGUUCAGGCACAAUAGUUGUAUGUCCCAACCUAAUUGAAUGAUGAAAAGGAGUAGCAUCAGUACACUCCAGCAAGGUGUACCUACUUAUUCUCAGUCUCUGAGUACAGCGCGUCUCCUUCCCAUUUCCCGUUCCAAAUGCUUCACCGCAAUCCCCGCUAUCCCCCGUUCCGCCCCCGUGAACACAGACACAUCUAUUCUGAAGAUGAUGAAUGAUUGUAAUUAACAGUACUGAUUAAUAAGGAGGAUGAUUGGAACACAAAGCCGGUGGAGAUAAGACCAGGAGCCUCUCUGCUCUCCUUUUAUCUCUCUGUUUUCAGGCUAGCGGCCCGCCGCACCACACAGGGUCCCGGGAGCACGGCUCCAAUGUCUGCAUUGGUACGAUUAAUUAAAGCUAGUCCAAUGAAUAUGGUAAUCAGUUGGCCAAUAGGCUCAGUGUGAAAUACAUUGUUACACUAGGCCAGGCUAUCACCUCGAUGAAUGGAUGGGAUGGACUAACUGGGCUAGAGACGUUUUACUCUGUAGCUUAUUGCAGAGCAGAUCGAAGGUAGGAAGCAAUUGACUAGCUCUGGAGUGGUGUACACUGCAGCAUUCUCAAGACUAUGGUUUCCUGGAGAUGUUUUGUGUGUUUCUCUGCUAGAAGCACCACUGUGGUCUGAGCACAAACAAACCUUGACGAUAAUACUGAUCAUCACCAUGUUCCCAUAAUCUCCACAUUUGUCAACACCUGUAUCCUAAACAGUAGCGGUUCGUGGGUAAAAUCCAGUGUUGUAAAGUACUUAAGUAUUCAGACCCUUUGCUAUGAGACUUGAAAUUGAGCUCAGGUGCAUCCUGUUUCCAUUGAUCAUCCUUGAGAUGUUUCUACAACUUGAUUGGAGUCCACCUGUGGUAAAUUCAAUUGGUUGGACAUGAUUUGGAAAGGCAUACGCCUGUCUAUAUAAGGUGCAACAGUUGACAGUGCAUGUCAGAGCAAAAACCAAGCCAUGAGGUCGAAGGAAUUGUCCAUAGAGCUCCGAGACAGGAUUGUGUCACGGCAUAGAUCUGUGGAAGGGUACCAAUAAAUGUCUGCAGCAUUGAAGGUCCUCAAGAACACAAUGACCUCCAUCCUUCUUAAAUGGAAGAAGUUUGGAACCACCAAGACUCUUCCUAGAGCUGGCUUCCCGGCCAAACUGAGCAAUCGGUAGAGAAGGGCCUUGGUCAGGAAGGUGACCAAGAAGGGAAAGAUGAACAGAGAGAUCCUUGUUGAAAACCUGCUCCAGAGCGCUCAGGACCUCAGACUGGGGCGAAGGUUCACCUUCCAACAGGACAAUGACCCUAAGCACACAGCCAAGACAUCGCAGGAGUGGCUUCAGGACAAGUCUCUGAAUGUUGUUGAGUGGCCCAGCCAGAGCCUGGACUUGAACCCGAUCAAACAUCUCUGGAGAGACCUGAAAAUAGCUGUGCAGGCAAUGCUCCCCAUCCAACCUGACAGAGCUUGAGAGGAUCUGCAGAGAAGAAUGGGAUAAAUCCCCAAAACCUGUUUUUGCUUUGUCAUUAUGGGGUAUUGUGUGUAGAUUGAUGAGGAAGAAAACAAUUUCAUCCAUUUUAGAAUAAGGCUGUAAUGUAAAAGAAAAUGUGGAAAAGUGAAGUGGUCUGAAUACUUUCCGAAUGCAAUUUAUAUUUCAAACUAAAUACUUUUAGACUUUUACUCAAGUAGUAUUUUACUGGGUGACUUUAACUUUUACUUGAGUCAUUCUCUAUUAAGGUAUCUUUACUUUUACUCAAGCAUGACAAUUGGGUAUUUUUUCCACCACUGGUAAAAUCACUUACCGCAAGUAGCAAGAAAACAGGAGCUGUCUCCACUAUUCCAGCACCAUUUCAACUUCAACAUUUCAACAUAAUCAAAUCACCUCUGCUUAGUCUAAUACAGUGACAACUAAAAGAUACCAAAAACAAUUGUCUAAUCAACGUAAGCUAAAUAUGAUGUGGCUGUCCAUGGUUCUGAUUUCUGUGUGCGUAUGUGCGUGCAUAUGUAGCAAAAACAUGUUGACUCACCCUACUUGUAGAGAAACGUCAAUGCCAUCCUCCUCUAUUUCAUGUUGACUGAACAUUCUAUCACUCUGUCAUACAGUACAAGCUUUUAUUUUUUGUUGUCCUAGGCUACCUGGCUAAAAUGCUUGUUCGCUAGCCUAACAUCCAUUCAUGGGCAACAUUAGCUAGUUAACAUUAGCCUUCUACAUCAAGCUACAUAUUGAACUUCCGUCCUCUCCGGCCAGGGGCACAACAAUGUAUUAAUUAAUUUUUGGAUCAGAAUCGCCGUUAUAAUCAUUGGCCAGUAUGGCGAAUUAAAUAAAACCACAAGUCCAAAUCCCUAUCUCCAUCCAUGGCUUUCCUUCUUAGGGAAAGGGCCAAUUGUAGCUAGCUGGCUAGCUAGCCAGCAGAGGGUAACAACACAACGAGAUGCAACAAUUCAAGUUUUUCUGUCAAUGACGUAUGCUCUCAAUGGGAUUUGAUAGGAGGGACGCCAAAUCCAAGCUGGCUUCCCUUGACACUUUUUUAUGGUGCACCAGGACAGUUUAGCUCAACGCUGAUUGGCAAAAAAAACAAAUAUUGGUCCAUUUUUUUGGGAAGCCUUGGCAUCCAUGAAUACACACCACUGAUCCUACCAUGGCAUCAUGUAUUCUACACUGCAUCUGUUUUAAACAUUAUGGUCAACAUUAUGUUCUGUCUGGAUGGUAUAUCUUCAUUUUUCUCUGUAGUUCACUGUGGUGGACAGGCUUUGAAUUCUGUUAGUUUGAUCCAAUACAGCCUUAUUUACAGUUCUCUGCCUCAGACAAACCUCCUUAGCUCUAAAACGGCUUGAGGUGUCAAAGCUCUUAGCAUUGUCCAUAUUCUUGACAAAAUACAUGUAAAUCAUUUGCUCUAUACGCUGUGUUUAUCUAGGUCUGUUUGACAUAUCUACAGUAACUCUUUACCCUGGCUUGAAGGGAUGUUCUGAGCAAGGUCAACUCGUGGUAAUCCGCAAUGUAUACGGAGACCACCGUGCAUGUGUGAGAGGUGUGUGCAUCGAGACAGUCCGUGCCGGUAUUGUAAUCCUGUGUGUGUGUGUGUGUGUGUGUGCGUGUGUGUGUGUGUGUGUGUGUGUGCAUGCCUGUGCGUGUGUAUGUCUGUCUCCACACACACAUUCUUGCUGUGCUGCUGCUGUUGUGUUUUGGGAGCAGAGCCGUGCUCAGCUCAGAAGCUUUUAGACGGCGAUAAUGGCGCUCACUCCACAAACCUCUAUUUCUCCAUGUUCCCUCUGUCACAGGUCAAUAAGCCAGUUAAUUACCGCCAUGCAUCUUCUGCCAUCAGAUUAAUGUGGGCUGCACUCCCCGGUUUAUUUACAAAGAGAUUAUCUGUGUUUUAGUCCCUGACGGGGGACACGGGCGCGCUGGGCGCCAGUAUCGGACAUCAUCAGACAUCAGCAGUGAAAACAGCCAUUACACGGCCACGGGCAGAGAUGACAGGCACAGAGUCUCAGAGCAGAUCUGGGUUCAAAUACUAACCGAAAUCUUUCAAAUACUUUUAGCAUUUUCGUCUGGAGUGCCAGAUGGGCAAGGUUUGCACUCCUUGUGAGUAUUCUAUUGGUUCAAUUGUGUCAGACUAGCUCAAUUAAGCCCAGGUAAUCAAGCCCAAAUAGUAUUUGAACCCAGGUCUGUCUCUGAGGUAGCCCAGGCCUCAGAGACAGAGAUAGGCUUAGAGGAGAGAUGAACAUCACGUGAAUAAAUGUUGCUCCUUUUUGGAGAUAGUAAUCUGGCUGUCGGGAAGACCAUGGUGCAAAACCUGUCAUUGAUGUUCCCAUCUGGUUCAACUCAAUGAGUUUCCUUGUUAGGAAAAUAGUAAAUACAAGAUAAUCUAUUAGUAAAUAGAUAAUUAUCAAUAUAAAUUAAUCAUCUGAACUUUAAUCAUCCAAAGUGCAACGCAGUCCUUGACUCAAGUCCCCAACUCUAUGUAUUCCUGUGUAUAUGUAUCUGUGUUUGUUUGUGUGAUGAUUGUGUAUCUCUGUGUAAGUGUUUGUGUUCUCUCUGUGUGCGUAGUUUAACCAGACUGGGCAUGGCAGUGUGUGUAGCCAGGCUAUCAUGCUGGUGACCGACGGGGCAACGCAGAUGUACGACGACGUCUUCGCCAAGUUCAACUGGCCAGACAGAAAGGUGAGAUACUGGUCAUGUUUGGGAAGGCUCUACAAUAGGUAGUGUUCUCUCUCUCUCUCUCUCUCUCUCUCUCUCUCUCUCUCUCUCUCUCUCUCUCUCUCUCCUCUCUCUCUCUCUCUCUCUCUCUCUCACAAACAACCAUUCACUAACUCACUAACUCACUCAAACACACAUACACACAUGCACAGUCACAAAAAAGACAUAACGAUUUUGAUACUUACAAUAUAAUUUAUUAGUAUUGCUAUAAAAUGUACAAUAACUUAUCAAACGUACUAUACCUACCAAUCCUAUCUUACUCUAUCUUAUAUUUCUUACAUCUACAAAAUAACUCAGAGAUUCACAGCCAUCUCCAACACCCCUGGAAUGGCUUCCAGUUUCUCAAUCUCUUCAUCAGAAAAGUCUCAUAAAACUCCAUCCUCACUCUCCUGCAAUGUAGAACUCUACCUGGUGCUUCAGCUCCAUGUGCUUGUGGAACAGAUAACCAAUACCUGCCUGAGCAGGAGCAAUGCUGUGGUAGCAGAAGUUGGCCAUGGUUAGGUACCGGGACUUCCAGUACCACUCACAAUGCCUGAUCGCUGAGAAAAUCGGGAGGACCUGACCUAAAGUCACACAUAAAGCCGAUGCUAUACAGAUCUGGCAUCUUAAUUUGAUCACCCUUUUGUUGUAGAAAGUUUUCCUCCUCCACAGGAAAAUGCAAAUGAGUGCAAAUGGCCUUCGUGAUUUACAUAAAUGCAACAGAAACCCUCAGAAAUCCUUUCUCUUCUUGCGGGGGCAGUCGAGUCAUUUAUUCAUAAUUCAGAUUCAAGUAUAGAAUUUGCAUUAAAAUGGAGGCCAUUGGUUUCCUGCAGGAACUUGAUGAUCUGAUAUGUACUUAAAUGCAUUCUAAACCUGUAAUGCUCAGAAAUACACAACAAUAAGCAAUUAACCAAAUCCUGGUAAAAAUACAGUAUUUGUCUCAGUCUAACCAUAGCUGAUGGAAUUUGAAGGCAUUGCAGGAAGAUACUGAUGUCCCUGUGCCAUCCAUGGUAGUGACUGAUUAAAUCGCUAGGUGUAGAAGGUCAUUUUAGCUAAAUGUAUAAUCUUAGAUAGCAGAAAGAAGCAAGUCGCACGUCUAGUCUUGGGUUGUUGCCACCAAAACAGAGUUCCAAAUCAACAUUUGUGCCUAUCAACCAAACAUUCUAACAUUCCAUUUUCAAUUGUGAUAUCAUCAUUUUCAAAUGUAAUUGUAUUCUUAUGAAUAGAAUCACCAUGGCAACACUGUUGCUCUUAUUAACCAAACAUUUUAAAUUCAAACAUUCUACCAACUUUGCUUUGGUUGAUUUUGUAUUGUUAUGAUUUUAAAAUAGAAUUGUCAUGACAAUGACACACCCACACUCCAAUCUAUCUUUCUCCUUCUCAUUCUCCUACUGCCUCUGUUGUCCUUUCAAAGUCUCAUUGUGAAUCCGAUUCUUGCUUGUGCCGUGUUUUGCUUCCUUUGAGACUUCACCAUUUCCAUCAUUUUAAAAUCAUGGAUAUUAGAUGGAUUUUCCUUCUUGUCGUUUGGCGAAAUUGAGUUCUUAUUAUCCAAGUAAAGCUCAUAACCUAGUAAAUGUACAAUUGAAUGAAAUGUACAUGUAUUUUAUAGAGCUGACCUGACCUGACACAGUGUGACAUUUGUCCUGACCAGAGAAACAUGGGGUAUAAACUGUUUUCAAGGACGGAAUCAUGGUUCAUCCUCAGUCCCUGAGCACUCACUCACGCAUGGUUUACGCUGCACACAGAACCAAGAGCCAGCCAAAACCUAAAACAUUAUACACAAGCUGCUUUACUUUGCCUAUUAGGCAUGUCUCUUUUUGAACUGUUUUGUCCUCCACCAGUCCAAACCCUGUUCAAUGAUCAGAAAACUUUUAUUUAACCAGGCAAGUCAAUUAAGAACAAAUUCUUAUUUACAAUGACGGCAAGAGGCAAAAGGCCUCCUGUGGGGGCCGGAGGUUGGGAUAAAAAACAACAACAAUGUAAGACAAAACGGACAACACAUUAUGUAGCAUUCAGAAAGCAUUCAGAAAGCAUUCAGAAAGCAUUCAGAAAGCAUUCAGAAAACCUUUAUAAGCAUGACAUUAAGAGUCAUAAUGGAGGGGCUGUGGAGAUAGUUCAGACAGUUUGUCCCCGGAGUUUAGUGGCAUCUCUCUGUUUGACCUCCAUCCACCUCAACAACAGACUGGCCUGACUCAAUCAAACACUCAUGCAGACAGUGAACUCUGCUUCUGCGUGUGCUUGGCUGGAGGAAGAGGACUGAAUGUACUUCAGAGUCUAGCCUCUCUCCUCCUGUCUUCUCUCUGCCUCUACUGCCCAGGCUUGCUCUCUGUGCUCUAGAGCCCUUCUUAUCCUCCUGGACGUAUCCACAUAGCCUUCUCCCUGCCUCUACCUCUCGUGGUCCUCUGUAGCUCAGCUGGUAGAGCACGGCGCUUGUAACGCCAAGGUAGUGGGUUCGAUCCCCGGGAACACCCAUACACAAAAAUGUGUGCACGCAUGACUGUAAGUCGCUUUGGAUAAAAGCGUCUGCUAAAUGGCAUAUUAUUAUAUUAUAUACUGUCCCAGUAUUUCAGUAUCUCUGUGCUGUGGAGCCCCUCUCCUCCUGCAUCUACCCUUUCCCCUGCCCCUGCCUCUGUCGCCCCAGGCUGGCUACAUAAUCUCUGAAUCCCCUCCUCCAGUGCCAAAAUAGGCUUGUCCCUGCUUCUGCCUCUCAGCCUCUGUCGUUGUCGCCCCUGGCUGGCUCUCUAUUGGAGGGUCUUUCUGGGGGGUCUUUUCUGGGCCACUCUGUGACAAAUGACUGGGUGAAAGCGUUAGACAAAUGCAAUUGAUAUUAAAUGGGCUGCUGUGCUAUUCAGAGUGCAAUAAAAACAAAAGCUUACGGCCCUUUUGUCCAGUCCUAUCAAGCAUAUGCGUGUCGGUAGACUCGGCACAAAGGGUACGUUUUUGGCAGUGUAACCCCCAUCCCCCCCACAUACCCAGAGGGGCAGCCAUUCACUCUGGUUCUCCUAUAUGCUUAGCAUAGCAUCUGGAGCUAAUGAGCCGUGCCGUAUUGGCCCGAGAGUCACACAAAGUACCCGCAUGGACCCGCCCCCAUGUUCAGCUAGAAGCCCUCUGAUUGGCUGGCGUAUGCCACAGAGAGAACGUAACCUGUCUCCUGUUUCUCUGUGCUGUCAACUUUGGUUUAUACGUACACACAAAUCUAAUGAAGCACAGACAUGCAGAUGGAUGGAUGGAUGGAUGAGCAAGAAAGAGAGAAAGAGGGAGGAAAACAAUGGAAAUGAGAAAGGGAUGAGGAGAGGAGAGAGGAAGGGAGAUGAAGGGAAAGGAAGAAAGACAAAGAGCUAUAGAGUGCUGGGUCUUUCCUAGUGAGGCACAUCCAGUACUGUAGCAGUGCAUAUUGCCACCCUCCUCUCCCCUCUCCAGACAGAUAGAAUACGAGCAGGAAGAGGGAGCCCCAUGUGGUUCCGUCACGGUGAAUGUUUAUGUAUUCUCUAUUUAAAUCUGAGCUGGCAACCACACUAUAAACACCUGACGUCCCUGCCUCCUCUCCGUAUAGGUGCGCAUAUUCCCUUACCUGAUUGGCCGAGAGUCUGCCUUUGCUGAUAACAUGAAAUGGAUGGCCUGUGCUAAUAAAGGUUUGUCUCCUCUUCAAACUAUAUCAUAAGAAACACAAAUACUUUGUAGCAAAUAUACCACACACCAUAUAAUUACUGUGAUGGGAUGUUGGCUGUGUUUAAAUGUGUGUGUUGGGUAGAUAGAAAUUGUGGCUAUUGGUGUGUGUUAGUCAAAGAGGUGUGUGAGUGUGUUAUGGGGAGGGAAGAGAUGCAGGUGUUAGAUUUUGAGUGUGUUUUGUUGAGAGAGGAAUUGUGGGUGUUGGUGUGUGUGUGCUGGGGUGUGAGUGUAGUUGUGUGUGUGAGGGGGUUUGAAGUGUGUGAGGGUAUCUGAGUGUGUUAGUGUAUGGGAGUGUGUGCAUGUGAGGUGUGUGAGUGUGUUGGGGAGCGAAGAGAUGCAGGAUUUAGUGUGUGAGGUGUGUGAGUGGGUUUGGAGGUGUUGGGGAUUGGCUGUGCUGCUGAUGUGAGCAGUGCAGAGCGGAGCGUCGGUGGAGUGACACAGAGGGGUCAGGGGGCAUCCCUGCCUCAUCCCUCUUCCUGUCAGAGCCUUUCCCCCUGGCCACAUGCCGCUGAUGGCUCCCGUGUGCCCACGCUCUGGAUGAGAGGAGAACGCUCUGGACUGGGAAAGUCACAGUCAGGAAAACUGAUGACUUGUGGGAUUACACAGCCCAGCUAGUCUAACCUUAUUCUAACACUCACAGUAACACACACUUACUGGGAAAUGCCUGUGAAAUACCAUAAUGUGAUACAGUGUGUGUGUGUGUGUGUGUGUGUGUGUGUGUGUGUGUGUGUGUGUGUGUGUGUGUGUGUGUGUGUGUGUGUGUGUGUGUGUGUGUGUGCGUGUGCGUGCGUGCGUGCGUGCGUGCGUGCGUGCGUGCGUGCGUGCGUGCGUGCGUGCGUGCGUGCGUGCGUGCGUGCGUGCGUGCGUGCGUGCGUGCGUGCGUGCGUGCGUGCGUGCGCGUUGCCACAGGGUAUUUCAGUCAGAUCUCCACACUGGCUGAUGUACAGGAAAAUGUGAUGAGGUAUCUUCAUGUUAUGAGUCGUCCUAAAGUCAUCGACCAUGAGCAUGACACGGUCUGGACAGAGGCCUACGUGGACAGCACUGUAAGUAUCAUAGUGAGUAGAAAAAGUUAGUGAGUGUGUGUAACGUGGUCCGUGUACAGUAUGUAUUUCCACCAGUGUACAUAAUCAGAUUACUUUUAUGAGUAACGGAGUAUUGGGUAAUAUUAUUACUUUGUCAAACAACUUUCAGAAUCAUAUCUCUACCGGGUGCGUUUCCAUGAUCCGAUCUUGACCUCAUUUAGUUCUCGAGCAAGCGGAGAAAGGCUGUUUGGAGAAAUGUCAUGACAGCUGCUGUCCAUAGAAAUGUAUAGAGGGUGCACACCUCAUCUUUGCCAUUGAUCGCUUCUGUGAUAGCAAAGCCCAUAGAGGACUGUUCCAUCUAGUGGAAAGUGUGCCCUCUAUACUCUCUAUGAGUCCAUCGCGUAUGUGCAAUCUAUAACCAGAACAGGCGGCUUGAGAGAAAGAUUUUGAAUGAAAAGAUAGGAAAUCUGUACAGAUGUUUGGCCUACAGUAUAUAUGGCUAAUUAAGCAGCCCAUAUACAGUGCCUUGCAAAAGUAUUCAUCCCCCUUGGUGUUUUUCCUAUUUUGUUGCAUUACAACCUGUAAUUUAAAUGGAUUUUUAUUUGGAUUUCAUGUAAUGGACAUACACAAAAUAGACCAAAUUGGUGAAGUGAAAUGAAAAAAAUUACUUGUUUAAAAAAAAAGAGGAAAAAAACGGAAAAGUGGUGCGUGCAUAUGUAUUCACCCCCUUUGCUAUGAAGCCCCUAAAUAAGAUCUGGUGCAACCAAUUACCUUCAGAAGUCACAUAAUUAGUUAAAUAAAGUCCACCUGUGUGCAAUCUAAGUGUCACAUGAUCUGUCACAUGAUCUCAGUAUAUAUACACCUGUUCUGAAAGGCCCCAGAGUCUGCAACACCACUAAGCAAGGGGCACCACCAAGCAAGUGGCACCAUGAAGACCAAGGAGCUCUCCAAACAGGUCAGGGACACAUUUUGCGGAGAAGUACAGAUCAGGGUUGGGUUAUAAAAAAAUAUCCAAAACUUUGAACAUCCCACGGAGCACCAUUAAAUCCAUUAUUAAAAAAUGGAAAGAAUAUGGCACCACAACAAACCUGCUAAGAGUGGGCCGCCCACAAAUACUCACGAACUGGCAAGGAGGGCAUUAAUCAGAGAGGCAACAAAGAGACCAAAGAUAACCCUGAAGGAGCUGCAAAGCUCCACAGCGGAGAUUGGAGUAUCUGUCCAUAGGACCACUUUAAGCCGUACACUCCACAGAGCUGGGCUUUACGGAAGAGUGCCAGAAAAAAGCCAUUGCUUAAAGAAAAAAAUAAGCAAACAUGUUUGGUGUUCACCAAAAGGCAUGUGGGAGACUCCUCAAACAUAUGGAAGAAGGUACUCUUUAGCUUUUUGGGCAUCAAGGAAAACGCUAUGUCUGGCGCAAACCCAACACCUCUCAUCACCCAGAGAACACCAUCCCCACAGUGAAGCAUGGUGGUGGCAGUAUCGUGCUGUGAGGAUGUUUUUCAUCGGUAGGGACUGGGAAACUGGUCAGAAUUGAAGGAAUGAUGGAUGGUGCUAAAUACAGGGAAAUUCUUGAGGGAAACCUGUUUCAGUCUUCCAGAGAUUUGAGACUGGGACAGAGGUUCACCUUCCAGCAGGACAAUGACCCUAAGCAUACUGCUAAAGCAACACUCAAGUGGUUUAAGGGGAAACAUUUAAAUGUCUUGGAAUGGCCUAGUCAAAGCCCAGACCUCAAUCCAAUUGAGAAUCUGUGGUAUGACUUAAAGAUUGCUGUACACCAGGGGAACCCAUCCAACUUGGAGCUGGAGCAGUUUUUCCCUGACGAAUGGCCAAAAAUCCCAGUGGCUAGAUGUGCCAAGCUUAUAGAGACAUACCCCAAGAGACUUGCAGCUGUAAUUGCUGCAAAAGGUGUCUCUACAAAGUAUUGACUUUGGGGGGGUGAAUAGUUAUGCACGCUGAAGUUUUCAGUUUUUUUGUAUUAUUUCUUGUUUAUUUCACAAUAAAAAAUAUAUUGCAUCUUCAAAGUGGUAGGCAUGUUGUGUAAAUCAAAUGAUACAAACCCCCCAAAAAUCUAUUUUAAUUCCAGGUUGUAAGGCAACAAAAUAGGAAAAAUGCCAAGGGGGGUGAAUACUUUCGCAAGCCACUGUAUAGCGCACUUGUAGACUAGCACAGCAAAGCAGCUCCACAGAUGAAAGGAGAAACUAGUGAUCAAAGCUGAGUUAGUAAGUAGCCUAUCUUUGGUAGAGCAUGGCCUUGCUCCCUCUGACAGUCAAACAAGCGGGGAGAUUUUGAGUCAUAUUGUAAAGUAACGCGUUACUUUUGUUAAAUGUAACGAGUAAUAUGUAAUAUAUUACUGUUUCAAGUAACUAAUCCCCACACUGGUGUCCACCCUGUAUGUGUGUUCAUACUGUAUGUGUACAUGCCCAAACAUGCUUGCGUGUCGGUGAGUGUGUGUGUGUAUGUGCAUUUGCGCGUGCCUGCAUCUGUGUAUGUGUCCUCUCUGAUCAGUCCCCUUCAUGCUACAGGAGUGAUUCCUCAUUAUGAGCUUCAUUAAUUCCGACUGGAUUGUUCUGCACUUCUGUGUCUAGAAUGGUAAUAUGCAGGAGGAGCAGUCUGUCUGGCUGUCUGUUGUACAGGAGGAGAGCUCAAUCCUCAUUUGUCAUUUUUCUGUCUCCUUCUGCAGCUCUCCCAGGCACACAAGGUAAAGCCUCUCUCUCUCUCUCUCUCUCUCUCUCUCUCUCUUUUCCUUGUCAUUUAGAGAUUAUUUACUGUGCACAUUUUAACUAUUUUCCAUGAUGGUGUAUUAAAUGGAUACAUCAUUUGAGGUGUUAUUUAGUUGCCAUUGAUAUGUGUUUGUAAUCUGGUUGCUGAGGGUUCCUGAGUAGUGAGUUUCUCCCCUGCUGUGGAGUUAAGGAAUUGCAGCAGCAGUUGAGACUGCUGUAAUUUAUAAAGCUCUGCUUCUACUCAGUAAGGGGAUUGUCCUGGACUGUAUGUGUAUUGUGUAUAGUACCCACACACGCACACAAACACACACACACGGCCACAGAGGUAAGGGUUGGGUUUGGGGGGAUUGUCCUCUGGCGUGUGUGCUCUUGUAUCUCAGCCACAGAGAAACACCAUUCAUCAUUCUGUGGAUCAUUGCCUUUUAUCUCCUGAAGCUCAUAAUAAAACUGACAUUGGAGCGGAGAGAGUGAGCGAGGGAGAGAAAGAAGGAGAGGGGACGGGGACGGGGACGGGGGGGACGGGACGGGGGGGGGCUAGCACAAGGUCGUUUCCCAGAAAGCUCUCUUGUGUCUAGUGCUGCUGACUGCUGCAGGAUAUUCCCAGUGUGUCUUUACUAAGCUCCUCUGAUGGACUGGGGGGUCUACCAGGGUCUACCUGUACAGGUGAGACUGGGCUUUAGGGGCUGUUACUCUGGGAGGAAGCGGGGUGGUCGAUGGUUAGACCCUCCAUCAGUCAUUUUGUCGAGCAGCCAAGACACAUAAUCCCACCCUAGUACCCUACACUGUUCACUGCCUCUCUCCUACACACGUACAUGAACACAAACACACACAACAGCCAAACACGUAAGCACGCGCACACGCAAGCACUCACACACAUACACAAACAGCCACGCACUCACCAUGGCUGCGGGAAGAUGUUUAGAUGUGGGUUUCAUUUUGUACAAAUUAUUUUUAAUUGUUAUAUUCAUUAUUUUUUUAUUGUGAUUUAUCAGGGUGUGCUGCAGCACCCUUAGAACCACUACUUCCAGCGGCUAUGACACUCACACACAGAGCACUCACAGCUGUGUCCGUGAGCCUGUGAGGUGAGGGAAUAGCAGACCUAGUUUCAGUGAGCACAUGUGUUUAAUCAUGUCAGUUCUCAUCCUGCUGAGCUUAGCCCCGCUCUCAGCCAAAACGGAGACACACACACACACUGGGAUUUGCUCUAAACUGGAGCUUCAAUAUACAUUUACUGUAAAACCACAAGCAACAUUUACCAUAGAUUUACACUGCAGACUCACUUACAUUUUGUAUAAAAAGCAUUUGGCGACAUUUCUACUGCACAGUGUUUGGUGAAAUGUAUUUUGGUGAAAUUACUGGACUGUAAAUGUGUUGUGAUGAAGCCUACUUGGCAGGGAUGGACAUUGGUGCAUAUGAUCCUCUAUUGACGCCGAAUAGCAUAGCAUUUAGCAUCAGUCAGACAGGGAAUACUAUAGCAACAGCCUCUGAUGAUUAACAUAAUGGGAAGAUCUCGAUUGCAUACUCCUCGCAUCCUCUCUCCUCACUCCUCGUCUCCUUCUCAAAACCCAUUGGAGGAGAAGGCCAGAGGGGAGGGACCUCUGGCUUUCUUAUCCAAAGGGUUUUGAGAAGGAGACAAGGAGAGAGGACGGGAGGAGUAUGCAAUCGAGAUCUUCCCAUUAUGUUAAUCAUCAGAGGCUGUUGCUAUAGUAUUCCAUGUCUGACUGAUGCUAAAUGCUAUGCUAUUCUCAGUAGCCAUGGUAUUUGCCACUGUCUGUCACUGUCUCUGUCACUGUGUUCUGUCUCAGUCCAGAAACAAGAAGGGCCCUAGCCUGAUGACCACUGUGGCCAUGCCUGUGUUCAGCACCAAGAACGAGACGGUAAGUGUGUGUGUCUGUGCCUCUGUCUGUCUGUCUGUCUGUCUGUCUGUCUGUCUGUCUGUCUGUCUGUCUGUCUGUCUGUCUGUCUGUCUGUCUGUCUGUCUGUCUGUCUGUCUGUCUGUCUGUCUGUCUGUCUGUCUGUCUGUCUGUCUGUCUGUCUGUCUGUCUGUCUGUCUGUCUGUCUGUCUGUCUGUCUGUCUGUCUGUCUGUCUGUCUGUCUGUCUGUCUGUCUGUCUGUCUGUCUGUCUGUCUGUCUGUCUGUCUGUCUGUCUGUCUGUCUGUCUGUCUGUCUGUCUGUCUGUCUGUCUGUCUGUCUGUCUGUCUGUCUGUCUGUCUGUCUGUCUGUCUGUCUGUCUGUCUGUCUGUCUGUCUGUCUGUCUGUCUGUCUGUGUUAUACUCACUCUUUCGCUCCUCUCUCCCCUACAGAAGAACCAGGGUAUUCUCCUAGGGGUAGUGGGCACAGACAUUCCUCUUCAGGAACUCAUGAAGAUCAUCCCUAAACACAUGGUACUGUGUUUACUAACCCAUGUUUAUGACUCAUUUGAUGCGUUGUCAUUUACUGUUGUCCUGUACUCUACUUCAUGUAAUCAAGUAUCUCUAUAUAUUGUUUUUGUGCCUUCAGCUGGGUAUCCACGGUUACGCGUUUGCCAUCACAAACAACGGCUACAUCCUGACCCAUCCGGACCUGAGGCCACUGGUAACACACUGUCUUUUAAACCCACUCAUACACUAGGUUCCCUUUCUAGGGUUGUAAAAUCACAGGUUUUCUCAGAAAUAAUGGUUAGAGGAUUCAGGAUUUCCUGCUUAUUCCCUCCUGAUACCGGGAAUCUUCUAACCAGGAGUUCUGGAAAACCUGGGAAUUCUGGGAAAGUUACCUGAAUUAUGCAACCCUAACUCUAUCCCUAACCCUAAUCUUGCCACAAUGCACUAACCAUAACCCACACAGCCUUUACACAUACCAACCUUGGGAUUGUGGUUAAAGUGGUUAAACAGCUACAUUUCAGUUUUCCCCUCCCCACUCAAACUCCUCCCAGAGGGUCCUAGCAAAAUUCUUGCUUGAGAAAUUGCUCUUUGCCAAGAAGAUAUUUUUGUUUUUUUAGGACCAUUUUUAUUGAGAACAAUCACAUUAAGAUACUUAAUUGUUACCCAGAAAUGAUUUGAUAUUGAGAUUUUUAAAAAAUUGGCUGCAUUGGACCAUUAAAGACAUGCUCCGGAACUUUGGCGACUACUAAGUCGUUUUUUAAACUUCCCGCUUUGGGCCAGAUGUGUCAGUGUGUAGUUCAUACAUGUAUAAUCUAAGAGCAGAAUUACUAUCUUACCUCAAUUAGCCACGAAAUCCCUAGUUUGUUUUUCUGGAAGAUGUGCUGUGUCAUUUUCCCAAAAUGUUCACCCACGUGGUCCAGCCCCCUAGCAAUUUGAGUUCUAGCCAAUGAGCUUCAGCCCCUCGCCAUUUGAGGGACAGCUAGCAAGAUGCACACACAGCAGAGCGAGAGAGAGAGAGAGCGCAAUGACGUGUUGCACAUAUGUGCACAUACAGUGGGGAGAACAAGUAUUUGAUACACUGCCGAUUUUGCAGGUUUUCCUACUUACAAAGCAUGUAGAGGUCUGUAAUUUUUAUCAUAGGUACACUUCAACUGUGAGAGACGGAAUCUAAAACAAAAAUCCAGAAAAUCACAUUGUAUGAUUUUUAAGUUAUUAAUUUGCAUUUUAUUGCAUGACAUAAGUAUUUGAUCACCUACCAACCAGUAAGAAUUCUGGCUCUCACAGACCUGUUAGUUUUUCUUUAAGAAGCCCUCCUGUUCUCCACUCAUUACCUGUAUUAACUGCACCUGUUUGAACUCGUUACCUGUAUAAAAGACACCUGUCCACACACUCAAUCAAACCGACUCCAACCUCUCCACAAUGGCCAAGACCAGAGAGCUGUGUAAGGACAUCAGGGAUACAAUUGUAGACCUGCACAAGGCUGGGAUGGGCUAAAGGACAAUAGGCAAGCAGCUUGGUGAGAAGGCAACAACUGUUGGCGCAAUUGUUAGAAAAUGGAAGAAGUUCAAGAUGACGGUCAAUCACCCUCGGUCUGGGGCUCCAUGCAAGAUCUCACCUGGUGGGGCAUCAAUGAUCAUGAGGAAGGUGAGGGAUCAACCCAGAACUACAUGGCAGGACCUGGUCAAUGACCUGAAGAGAGCUGGGACCACAGUCUCAAAGAAAACCAUUAGUAACACACUACGCCGUCAUGGAUUAAAAUCCUGCAGCGCACGCAAGGUCCCCCUGCUCAAGCCAGCCCAUCUGAAGUUUGCCAAUGACCAUCUGGAUGAUCCAUAGGAGGAAUGGGAGAAGGUCAUGUGGUCCGAUGAGACAAAAAUAUAGCUUUUUGGUCUAAACUCCACUCGCCGUGUUUGGAGGAAGAAGAAGGAUGAGUACAACCCCAAGAACACCAUCCCAACCGUGAAGCAUGGAGGUGGAAACAUCAUUCUUUGGGGAUUAUUUUCUGCAAAGGGGACAGGACGACUGCACCGUAUUGAGGGGAGGAUGGAUCGGGCCAUGUAUCGCGAGAUCUUGGCCAACAACCUCCUUCCCUCAGUAAGAGCAUUGAAGAUGGGUCGUGGCUGGGUCUUCCAGCAUGACAACGACCCGAAACACACAGCCAGGGCAACUAAGGAGUGGCUCCGUAAGAAGCAUCUCAAGGUCCUGGAGUGGCCUAGCCAGUCUCCAGACCUGAACCCAAUAGAAAAUCUUUGGAGGGAGCUGAAAGUCCGUAUUGCCCAGCGACAGCCCCGAAACCUGAAGGAUCUGGAGAAGGUCUGUAUGGAGGAGUGGGCCAAAAUCGCUGCUGCAGUGUGUGCAAACCUGGUCAAGAACUACAGGAAACGUAUGAUCUCUGUAAUUGCAAACAAAGGUUUCUGUACCAAAUAUUAAGUUCUGCUUUUCUGAUGUAUCAAAUACUUAUGUCAUGCAAUAAAAUGCAAAUUAAUUACUUAAAAAUCAUACAAUGUGAUUUUCUGGAUUUGUGUUUUAGAUUCCGUCUCACACAGUUGAAGUGUACCUAUGAUAAAAAUUACAGACCUCUACAUGCUUUGUAAGUAGGAAAACCUGCAAAAUCGGCAGUGUAUCAAAUACUUGUUCUCCCCACUGUCUGUGAUGUAAUACACCAUUUUCGCAGACCACUUUUGGCUCGUGAGCACUACUUUCAGAACUACUGGCUAAAAAGUAAAGUAAACAAAAGUACCGGAGCAUCUCUUCAAAUAAAUAGUUUAAAUACAGACACUGAAUGCCUGUGCCCUUUUCUGUUACAUGACAGACUAUGUUAACCACAUACACAUAAACAGUGUGAGUACGUGUUACCGAGCAAGUUGGGAGGCUCAAUCUGUAAUGCCCACCUUUUCCUUUGAUGUAUGCAUGCAGGGAGGGAUACAGGCCAUUGCUACUACUGUAGGGCUGGCUGGCCCUGGCUAACUGAGAUAACACUAACCCAGAGGUAACCAUCCUGUCCUGUAACUGUACUAUACAGAGAAUAGACCACAGACACUCACUCUCUCUCUGGGAUCCUGCAUGGGUCCCACUGGAAACUGGUGCUAGUGGAUCUGUGUGUAACAGUGUAUAUGUGACGUUAGUACCUCUCUGUGCCACUGUGUGUGUUUGUGUGUAUAUGUGUUUUAGUAUGUGUUGCUGUGUGUUUUCUAUGUACUGUAAGUGUGUGUUUCUCUGUGCCUUAGACUGUGCUGUGACUGUGGUUGUCUAUUCUGAGGCUGAACUAGACCCUACUGGACUUUGUGUGUGGGACUGGACAUGUUUAUAGUAUUGGUUGUUGAUUGAACUGAUCAAUUUGGUAUUCAAUUUGGGGAGUUCUAGCCUGGUGGAACCAGCCUGACUUCACGAUAGCUCACAUUCUGUUUGAACACAGUGGUCAGUCUGCUUAACCUGGCUAGGAGUGUUCUGGUUUUGAGCAGGACUGUGUGAACGAAGCCUUGUAUAGGUUCAUUCUUAACUUAGCUGUGCACCCAAACCAUCCACAGUGUAACCAAAAUCUAGACUUCCUCAACUGUUCCCAUCAAAUGUGUGUUCCUCUGUGCCUCAGUACCAGGAGGGCCAGAAGAGGAGGAAGCCCAACUACAGCAGUGUGGACCUGUCAGAAGUGGAGUGGGAGGACAAGGAUGACUUUGUACGUCUAAACCAUGACAUAACAAAACAUUUUACACACACUCCUGAUAAGCUACUACUACCUUUACUAUACUAAAAGGGAUACUUCGGGAUUACUUCAACCGGAGUCAGAUGAACUCAUGGAUACCAUUAUUAUGUCUCUGUAUGCAGUUUGAAGGAAGUUAGAGGUAGUUUCGUGAGCCAAUGCUAACUAGCGUUAGCCCAAUGACUGGAAGUCUAUGGUACAGUGAGGGAAAAAAGUAUUUGAUCCACUGCUGAAUUUGUACGUUUGCCCACUGACAAAGACAUGAUCAGUCUAUAAUUUUAAUGGUAGGUUUAUUUGAACAGUGAGAGACAGAAUAACAACAAAAAAAUCCAGAAGAACGCAUGUCAAAAAUGUUAUAAAUUUAUUUUUGCAUUUUAAUGAGGUAAAUAAGUAUUUGACCCCUCUGCAAAACAUGACUUAGUACUUGGUGGCAAAACCCCUGUUGGCAAUCACAGAGGUCAGACGUUUCUUGUAGUUGUCCACCAGGUUUGCACACAUCUCAGGAGGGAUUUUGUUCCACUCUGUCACACCCUGGCUCUGGGGACUCUUAAAUGUUGAGCCAGGGUGUGGAGUUUCUAUGUCAUAUGUUCUAUGUUGUGUUUUCUAGAUCGUGUUGAUCUAUGUUGGCCAGGGUGGUUCCCAAUCAGAGGCAGCUGUAUCUCGUUGUCUCUGAUUGGGGACCAUACUUAGGCAGCCUGUUUGGCACUAGUCGGUGUGGGAUCUUGUUCCGUUAAGGAUUGUUUUGUGUAACCUAGGACUUCACGUUUCGUUUGUUUGUUGUUUUGUCGUGAGUUAAGUACGUAAUAAAAUGUACGCUUAUCACGCUGCGCCUUGGUCCGUCUCAUCAGUAAACGAGCGUGACAGAAGAUCCCACCAACUAAGGACGAAGCAGCGUGUCCAGGAACAGACAGCCUGGACCUGGGAGGAGAUCCUGGAUGGGAAGGGAUCCUGGACUUGGGAGGAGAUUCAGGCCGGAAUGGAUCGCCGUCCUUGGGAGGAGACUGUGGAGGCGCGCUAUAGAGAGGAGCAGCGGCAACGCAGGAGGUGCCGGCCGAGGAGGAAGCCCGAGAGACAGCCCCAAUAAUUUUUUUUGGGGGGGGGCUAAAAGGGUGGUUGGCGGAGCCUAGUGUUAGAGCAGAGCCAACUCCCCGCACUCAUGCUAGGAAGCGUGUGACUGGGCAGGCUCCGUGUUAUGCGGAGCCACGUACUGUGCCGCGAGUGUUCCGGCACAGUCCUGUACGUCCUGUGCUAGCACCACGCACGUGUCGUGCGAAGAUGGGCAUUCAGCCAGGACGGGGUGUGCCGGCUCAAUGCUCGUGGUCUCCAGUACGCCUCCUCGGUCCCGUAUAUCUUGCGCCUGUGCCACGUGCUGUAUCGCCAGUACGAGUGCACAGCCCCGUACGUCCUGUGCUGAUGCCUCACACAUAUUGUGUGGAAGUAGGCAUUCAGCCAGGACGGGUUGUGUCAGCUCUUCGCUCCAGACCUCCAGUCCGCCUCCACAGUCCGGCCCGGCCCGUUCCGGCUCCCCACACCAAGCCAGUGGUGCGUGUUCCCAGUCCAGCCCGGCCUGUUCCUGCUCCCCGCACCAAGCCAGUGGUGUGUGUUCCCAGUCCAGCCCGGCCUGUUCCUGGCCCUCGCACCAAGCCAGUGGUGCGCGUCGCCAGCCCGGUCCGGCCUGUUCCUGCCCCUCGCACCAAGCCAGUGGUGCGCGUCGCCAGCCCGGUCCGGCCUGUUCCUGCUCCCCGCACCAAGCCAGGGGUGCGUGUUCCCAGUCCGGUCCGGCCUGUUCCUGUCCCUCGCGCCAAGCCAGUGGUGCGCGUCGCCAGCCCGGUCCGGCCUGUUCCUGCCCCUCGCACCAAGCCAGUGGUGCACGUCGCCAGCCCGGUCCGGCCUGUUCCUGCCCCUCGCACCAAGCCAGUGGUGCACGUCGCCAGCCCGGUCCGGCCCGUUCCUGCUCCCCGCACCAAGCCUGUGGUGCGCGUCGCCAGCCCGGUCCAGCCCGUUCCUGCUCCCCGCACCAAGCCAGUGGUGCGCGUCGUCAGCCCGGUCCGGCCCGUUUCUGCUCCCCGCACCAAGCCAGUGGUGCGCGUCGUCAGCCCGGUGCGGCCCGUUCCUGCUCCCCGCACCAUGCCAGUGGUGCGCGUCGUCAGCCCGGUCCGGCCCGCUCCUGCUCCUCGCACCAGGCCAGGGGUGCGCGUCGUCAGCCCGGUCCGGCCCGCUCCUGCUCCCCGCACCAAGCCAGUGGUGCGUGUGUCCAGUCCGGCACGGCCCGUGCCUGUUCCACCGGUGCCUGGUCCGGCACCGGUCAGCUGCUCCACUCCGGAGCCAGAGCAAUCCGCUCCACCGGGGUCCGGUCCAACUCCUGUCAGCGGAUCCACUCUGGAGCCAGAGCAAUCCGCUCCACCGGUGCCCAGUCCAGCUCCGGCCAGCGGCUCCAGUCCGGAGCCUGUACAGAUCGAUCCACCGUCGUCGGUUCCAGCUCCAGCCAGCGGUGCCAGACCAGACCAGGGGCGCAACGGGGAGUUGGAGAGAAAGUGGUGGUCACGCCCGGAGCCGGAUCCACCUCCGAGGCGGAAUGCCCACCCGGCCCCUACCCUGUUGUGUUUGUGUGGCGCAGUCGCAGUCCGCGCCUUUGGGGGGGGGGGGGGGGGGGGGGGGGGGGGUACUGUCACGCCCUGGCUCUGGGGACUCUUAAAUGUUGAGCCAGGGUGUGGAGUUUCUAUGUUCUAUGUUGUGUUUUCUAGAUCGUGUUGAUCUAUGUUGGCCGCUGUAUCUCGUUGUCUCUGAUUGGGGACCAUACUUAGGCAGCCUGUUUGGCACUAGUCGGUGUGGGAUCUUGUUCCGUUAAGGUUUGUUUUGUGUAACCUAGGACUUCAAGUUUCGUUUGUUUGUUGUUUUGUCGUGAGUUAAGUACGUAGUAAAAUGUACGCUUAUCACGCUGCGCCUUGGUCCGUCUCGUCCAUAAACGAUCGUGACACACUCCUCUUUGCAGAUCUUCUCCAAGUCAUUAAGGUUUAGAGGCUGACGUUUGGCAACUCGAACCUUCAGCUCCUCCACAGAUUUUCAAUGGGAUUAAGGUCUGGAGACUGGCUAGGCCACUCCAGGACCUUAAUGUGCUUCUUCUUGAGCCACUCCUUUGUUGCCUUGGCCGUGUGUUUUGGGUCAUUGUCAUGCUGGAAUACCAAUCCACGACCCAUUUUCAAUGCCCUGGCUGAGGGAAGGAUGUUCUCACCCAAGAUUUGACGGUACAUGGCCCCGUCCAUCGUCCCUUUGAUGCAGUGAAGUUGUCCUGUCCCCUUAGCAGAAAACACCCCCAAAGCAUAAUGUUUCCACCUCCAUGUUUGACGGUGGGGAUGGUGUUCUUGGGAUCAUAGGCAGCAUUCCUCCUCCUCCAAACACAGCGAGUUGAGUUGAUGCCAAAGAGCUCGAUUUUGGUCUCAUCUGACCACAACACUUUCACCCAGUUCUCCUCUGAAUCAUUCAGAUGUUCAUUGGCAAACUUCAGAUGGCCCUGUAUAUGUGCUUUCUUGAGCAGGGGGGCCUUGCGGGUGCUGCAGGAUUUCAGUCCUUCACGGCGUAGUAUGUUACCAAUUGUUUUCUUGGUGACUAUGGUCCCAGCUGCCUUGAGAUCAUUGACAAGAUCCUCCCGUGUAGUUCUGGGCUGAUUCCUCACCGUUCCUCAUGAUCAUUGCAACUCCACGAGAUGAGAUCUUGCAUGGAGCCCCAGGCCGAGGGAGAUUGACAGUUAUUUUGUGUAUCUUCCAUUUGCGAAUAAUCGCACCUACUGUUGUCACCUUCUCACCAAGCUGCUUGGCGAUGGUCUUGUAGCCCAUUCCAGCCUUGUGUAGGUCUACAAUCUUGUCCCUGACAUCCUUGGAGAGCUCUUUGGUCUUGGCCAUGGUGGAGAGUUUGGAAUCUUAUUGAUUGAUUGCUUCUGUGGACAGGUGUCUUUUAUACAGGUAACAAUCUAAGAUUAGGAGCACUCCCUUUAAGAGUGCUCCUAAUCUCAGCUCGUUACCUUUAUAAAUAUACCUCAUUAAAAUGCAAAUCAAUUUAUAACAUUUUUGACAUGCGUUUUUCUGGAUAUUUUUGUUGUUAUUCUGUCUCUCACUGUUCAAAUAAACCCACCAUUAAAAUUAUAGACUGAUCAUUUCUUUGUCAGUGGGCAAACGUACAAAAUCAGCAGGGGAUCAAAUACUUUCUUCCCUCACUGUAUCCACUAGCGUGCUAACGCUAGUUAGCAAUUGCACUAACACUAGUUAACAACUUCCUUCAAACUGCACGCAGAGACGGAGAUAAAGGGCUUCACUGACAAAAUCCUGAAGUAUCCUUGUAAUUAGAUUUUGUUUAUUUAACCUGGAAAGUCCACUCAGUAAGAAUUGCCACUGCUUUCCAGGGAGUCCUGGGGAGCUGUAUACUCUCAGACAGCAUGCAGUCCUUGCAUCUUGAUAAAUAUCCUGUUCUUAUGUUUCAGCUGCGUAAUGCCAUGGUCAACAGGAAGACUGGGACAUUCUCCAUGGAGGUGAAGAAGACAGUGGACAAAGGGGUGAGACUGAAGAUUUUAUUAUGACUCUGACAAUUAAAGAAACGAUGACACUCUUCUUUUGAACCCCCUAAGGUCUAAGGGCGCGGGGAUGGGUUAACAUAUGGAAUUGUUUUAAGAAGGGCAUACCAAGGAUCAUUUACAUUUUAGUCAUUUAGCAGACACUCUUAUCCAGAGCGACUUACAAGAGCAAUUAGGGUUAAGUGCCUUGCUCAAGGGCACAUGGACAGAUUUUUCACCUAGUCUGCUCGGGGAUUAGAACCAGCGACCUUUCGGUUACUGGCACAACGCUCUUAACCACUAAGCUACCUGCCGCCCCAUUUAGCUAUUUGAUUUAGAAUUUUAGGACCCCGAAAAAAUAAGUUACUAAAAAAGUUAUACAUAAACAUUGAAUUUGGCCUUACUGCUAUUACCCCAUAGAAACACAUUGAAUAACAUUUUCAUAUAUGGCAAAACAGAUAAAUAAAUACAUCAAAGGGAAGUAUGUUUUGAAGUGUCUGUCCUAUAUCUAAGAGAAAUAAGAAAGCUCAGGAAAUCUUUGUAAAUAUUCUUUCUACCCAUAUUUAACCCUUUUUUUUGGGCGCUAAACUACUUACAUAUAUACAGUUGAAGUCGGAAGUUUACAUACUCCUUAGCCAAAUACAUUUAAACUCAGUUUUUCACAAUUCCUGACAUUUAAUCCUAGUAAAAAUUCCCUGUCUUAGGUCAGUUAGGAUCACCACUUUAUUUUAAGAAUGUGAAAUGUCAGAGUAACAGUAGAGAGAAUUAUUUAUUUCAGCUUUUAUUUCUUUCAUCACAUUCCCAGUGGGUAAGAAGUUUACAUACACUCAAUUAGUAUUUGGUAGCAUUGCCUCUAAAUUGUUUAACUUGGGUCAAACGAGUCGGGUAGCCUUCCACAAGCUUCCCACAAUAAGUUGGGUGAAUUUUGGCUCAUUCCUCCUGACAGAGCUGGUGUAACUGAGUCAGGUUUGUAGGCCUCCUUGUUCGCACACGCUUUUUCAGUUCUGCCCACACAUUUUCUAUAGAAUUUAGGUCAGGGCUUUGUGAUGGCCACUCCAAUACCUUGACUUUGUUGUCCUUAAGCCAUUUUGCCACAACGUUAGAAGUAUGCUUGGGGUCAUUGUCCAUUUGGAAGAUCCAUUUGCGACCAAGCUUUAACUUCCUGACUGAUGUCUUGAGAUGUUGCUUCAAUAUAUCCACAUAAUUUUCCUUCCUCAUGAUGCCAUCUAUUUUGUGAAGUGCACCAGUCCCUCCUGCAGCAAAGCACCCCCAGAGCAUGAUGCUGCCACCCCCGUGCUUCACGUUUGGGAUGGUGUUCUUGGGCUUGCAAGCAACCCCCUUUUUCCUCCAAACAUAACGAUGGUCAUUAUGGCCAAACAGUUAUAUUUCUUUCAUCAGACCAGAGGACAUUUCUCAAAAAAGUACGAUCUUUGUCCCCAUGUGCAGUUGCAAAACGUAGUUUGGCUUUUUUAUGGUGGUUUUGGAGCAGUGGCUUCUUCCUUGAUGAGCGGCAUUUCAGGUUAUGUCAAUGUACAGUUGAAGUCGGAAGUUUACAUACACUUACAGAGGGGAGAACAAGUAUUUGAUACACUGCAGAUUUUGCAGGUUUUCCUACUUACAAAGCAUGUAGAGGUCUUUAAUUUUUAUCAUAGGUACACUUCAACUGUGAGAGACGGAAUCUAAAACAAAAAUCCAGAAAAUCACAUUGUAUGAUUUUUAAGUAAUUAAUUUGCAUUUUAUUGCAUGACAUAAGUAUUUGAUCACCUACCAACCAGUAAGAAUUCCGGCUCUCACAGACCUGUUAGUUUUUCUUUAAGAAGCCCUCCUGUUCUCCACUCAUUACCUGUAUUAACUGCACCUGUUUGAACACGUUACCUGUAUAAAAGACACCUGUCCACACACUCAAUCAAACAGACUCCAACCUCUCCACAAUGGCCAAGACCAGAGAGCUGUGUAAGGACAUCAGGGAUACAAUUGUAGACCUGCACAAGGCUGGGAUGGGCUACAGGACAAUAGGCAAGCAGCUUGGUGAGAAGGCAACAAACUGUUGGCGCAAUUAUUAGAAAAUGGAAGAAGUUCAAGAUGACAGUCAAUCACCCUCGGUCUGGGGCUCCAUGCAAGAUCUCACCUCGUGGGGCAUCAAUGAUCAUGAGGAAGGUGAGGGAUCAGCCCAGAACUACACGGCAGGACCUGGUCAAUGACCUGAAGAGAGCUGGGACCACAGUCUCAAAGAAAACCAUUAGUAACACACUACGCCGUCAUGGAUUAAAAUCCUGCAGCGCACGCAAGGUCCCCCUGCUCAAGCCAGCGCAUGUCCAGGCCCGUCUGAAGUUUGCCAAUGACCAUCUGGAUGAUCCAGAGGAGGAAUGGGAGAAGGUCAUGUGGUCUGAUGAGACAAAAAUAUAGCUUUUUGGUCUAAACUCCACUCGCUGUGUUUGGAGGAAGAAGAAGGAUGAGUACAACCCCAAGAACACCAUCCCAACCGUGAAGCAUGGAGGUGGAAACAUCAUUCUUUGGGGAUGCUUUUCUGCAAAGGGGACAGGACGACUGCACCGUAUUGAGGGGAGGAUGGAUGGGGCCAUGUAUCGCGAGAUCUUGGCCAACAACCUCCUUCCCUCAGUAAAAGCAUUGAAGAUGGAUCGUGGCUGGGUCUUCCAGCAUGACAACGACCCGAAACACACAGCCAGGGCAACUAAGGAGUGGCUCCGUAAGAAGCAUCUCAAGAUCCUGGAGUAGCAUAGCCAGUCUCCAGACCUGAACCCAAUAGAACAUCUUUGGAGGGAGCUGAAAGUCCGUAUUGUCCCAGCGACAGCCCCGAAACCUGAAGGAUCUGGAGAAGGUCUGUAUGGAGGAGUGGGCCAAAAUCCCUGCUGCAGUGUGUGCAAAUCUGGUCAAGACCUACAGGAAAUGUAUGAUCUCUGUAAUUGCAAACAAAGGUUUCUGUACCAAAUAUUUAGUUCUGCUUUUCUGAUGUAUCAAAUACUUAAAAAUCAUACAAUGUGAUUUUCUGGAUUUUUGUUUUAGAUUCCGUCUCUCACAGUUGAAGUGUAUCUAUGAUAAAAAAUUACAGACCUCUACAUGCUUUGUAAGUAGUAAAACCUGCAAAAUCGGCAGUGUAUCAAAUACUUGUUCUCCCCACUGUAGGUUGGAGUCAUUAAAACUUGUUUUUCAACCUCUCCACAAAUGUCUUGUUAACAAACUAUAGUUUUGGCAAGUCGGUUAGGACAUCUACUUUGUGAAUGACACAAGUACAUUUUCCAACAAUUUUUUACAGACAGAUUAUUUCACUUAUAAUUCACUGUAUCACAAUUCCAGUGGGUCAGAAGUUUACAUACACUUAAGUUGACUGUGCCUUUAAACAGCUUGGAAAAUUCCAGAACAUGAUGUCAUGGCUUUAGAAGCUUCUGAUAGGCUAAUUGACAUAAUUUGAGUCAAUUGGAGGAGUACCUGUGGAUGUAUUUCGAGGCCUACCUUCAAACUCAGUGCCUCUUUGCUUGACAUCAUGGGAAAAUCAAAAGAAAUCAGCCAAGACCUCAGAUUUGGUCUGGUUCAUCCUUGGGAGCAAUUUCCAAACGCCUUAAGGUACCACGUUCAUCUGUACAAACAAUAGUACGCAAGUAUAAACACCAUGGGACCACGCAGCCGUCAUACCGCUCAGGAAGGAGACACGUUCUGUCUCCUAGAGAUGAACGUACUUUGGUGCGAAAAGUGCAAAUCAAUCCCAGAACAACAGCAAAGGACCUUGUGAAGAUGCUGGAGGAAACAGCUACAAAAGUAUCUAUAUCCACAGUAAAACGAGUCCUAUAUCGACAUAACCUGAAAGGCCGCUCAGCAAGGAAGAAGCCACUGCUCCAAACCACCAUAAAAAAGCCAGACUACGGUUUGCAACUGCACAUUACAUUUUACCUUUUAGUCAUUUAGCAGACACUCUUAUCCAGAGCGACUUACAGUUAGUGAGUGCAUACAUUUUCAUACUGUCCCCCGUGGGAAUCGAACCCACAACGCUGGCAUUGCAAGUGGGACUCACACAUUGGGACAAAUAUCGUACUUUUCGGAGAAAGUCCUCUGGUCUGACGAAACAAAAAUAGAACUGUUUGGCCAUAAUGACCAUCGUUAUGUUUAGAGGAAAAAGGGGGUUGCUUGCAAGCCGAAGAACACCAUCCCAACCGUGAAGCACAGGGGUGGCAGCAUCAUGCUGUGGGGGUGCUUUGCUGCAGGAGGGACUGGUGCAUUUCACAAAAUAGAUGGCAUCAUGAGGAAGGAAAAUUAUGUGGAUAUAUUGAAGCAACAUCUCAAGACAUCAGUCAGGAAGUUAAAGCUUGGUCGCAAAUGGGUUUUCCAAAUGGACAAUGACCCCAAGCAUACUUCCAAAGUUGUGGCAAAAUGGCUUAAGGACAACAAAGUCAAGGUAUUGGAGUGGCCAUCACAAAGCCCUGACCUCAAUCCUAUAGAAAAUGUGUGGGCAGAACUGAAAAAGCGUGUGCGAGCAAGGAGGCCUACAAACCUGACUCAGUUACACCAGCUCUGUCAGGAGGAAUGGGCCAAAAUUCACCCAAUUUAUUGUGGGAAGCUUGUGGAAGGCUACCUGAAACGUUUGACCCAAGUUAAAUAAUUUAAAGGCAAUGCUACCAAAUUAUAAUUGAGUGUAUGUAAACUUCUGACCCACUGGGAAUGUAAUGAAAGAAAUAAAAGCUGAAAUAAAUAAUUCUCUCUACUAUUAUUCUGACAUUUCACAUUCUUAAAAUAAAGUGGUGAUCCUAACUGACCUAAUACAGGGAAUGUUUACUAGGAUUAAAUGUCAGGAAUUGUGGAAAAACUGAGUUUAAAUGUAUUUGGCUAAGGUGUAUGUAAACCUCCGACUUCAACUGUAGGACUUGUUUUACUGUGGAUAUAGAUACUUUUGUACCUGUUUCCUCCAGCAUCUUCACAAGGUCCUUUGCUGUUGUUCUGGGAUUGAUUUGCACUUUUCGCACCAAAGUACGUUCAUCUCUAGGAGACAGAACGCGUCUCCUUCCUGAGCGGUAUGGCGGUUAUACUUGCAUACUAUUGUUUGUACAGAUUAACGUGGUACCUUCAGGGGUUUGGAAAUUGCUCCCAAGGAUGAACCUGACUUGUGGAGGUAUACAAUUAUUUUUCUGAGGUCUUGGCUGAUUUCUUUUGAUUUUCCCAUGAUGUCAAGCAAAGAGGCACUGAGUUUGAAGGUAGGCCUUGAAAUACAUCCACAGGUACACCUCCAAUUGACUCAAAUGAUUAGCCUAUCAGAAGCUUCUAAAGCCAUGACAUCAUUUUCUGGAAUUUUCCAAGCUGUUUAAAGGCACAGUCAACUUAGUGUAUGUAAACUUCUGACCCAAUGGAAUUGUGAAACAGUGAAUUAUAAGUGAAAUAAUCUGUCUGUAAACAAUUGUUGGAAAAAUUACUUGUGUCUUGCACAAAGUAGAUGUCCUAACCAACUUGCUAAAACUAUAGUUUGUUACCAAGAAAUUUGUGGAGUGGUUGAAAAACUAGUUUUAAUGACUAAGUGUAUGUACAUUUCCGACUUCAACUGUACUUCCAUUAAUUUUUUAUACUGGUACCGGGCUACCUUCAGACGAGGCUUGUGUGGCUUGUGUGGUGGGCGUCCUAGAGCAAAACAACAAACAUAUACGUGUUCGUGAUAGUCUCACCUUUCGAUGGUGAGGUCAUAUUAGUGCAGAGUUUCCCAAACUUGGUCCUCGGGACCCAAAAGGGUGCACGUUUUUUUCUUUCUUUUCCCUAACACUACACAGCUAAUUCAAAUUAUCAAAGCAUGAUAAUUAGUUAAUUAUUUGAAUCAGCUGUGUAUUGCUAGGGCAAAAAACAAAACGUGCACCCCUUGGGGUCCCGAGGACCGACUUUGGAAAACCCUGUAUUAGUUUGUAGGCUAAACUGUUCAGACGCUACAGACAGAAUUUGGCAGAUCGGUGGUACCGACUGACACUUGUGGGGGUCGUAGAGCAAAACGGAGAACACCAUCGUGAUUGUGAGAAUCUCAUCUUUCCUUAGAGUUUGUAGGCCAAACCGUUCGGACGCUACAGACAUUUUCGUGAGAAGACCGAUUUGCGGUAUGUCUCCUAGUCUGACAAACACCUCUGUAGCUCUGCCUCCUUCCACCGCAGAUUCGGAAGGCCGACAUCGGCGGAUGCGGUGGAUUGAGGCGCAGCCCAUGCAAAACAGACAUCUCUAGCUUAAUCAGACAGAUUUUUAAUGGGGUUGUUUUUAUUAUGCUAAUUAUACGGACAUUGACUUUUAAUGAGAUCCACUGGAUGAGUCCUCAUUCUCCAUGCUUUUCUUUAUGUUUUCAGAAAAGACUCCUGAAGAUGCACAAUGACUACUUCUACACUGAAGUCAAGGGAACUCCCUUCAGGUGAGGGGAGAUGCUUUGAGAGUAGGGUACACACGCUUCUUUAGUUUUUCAGCACAUUUAUUGAUUUAUCCAUUUAUCUUGAUCAAUUCUCUGAUGUCCUUCUGAAAGUUGACAUGAUGGCUGGUUCAGUGAGUGUGUAAGUGCCAUGUGUCUCUGUGGGCCCAUUUUCCAGACAUAGAUAACGCCUAGUCCAGUGGAGGCUGCUGAGGGGAGGACGGCUCAUAAUAAUGUCUGGAACGGGGCAAAUGGAAUGGCAUCAAACACAUGGAAACCUUGUGUUUAUGUAUUUGAUACCAUUCCACCUAUUCCGCUCUAGCCAAUACCACAAGCCCGUUCUCCCCAAUUAUGGUGCCACCAACCUCCUGUGGCCUAGUCCUAAACUGAAAAGCAGUAUCAAUGGAGAAUUCCCACUGAACAUUCUUUUUCAUCCAGGACUAGGCUUAUUCUGUGUUCGGGAAACCAUCCCUAAGAGUGUAACUGUUGACUUAUCUCUGCUCCUCACCCUGCCGUGUGAUUCUGUGUUCAGUGUCGGAGUAGCUUUGUCCAGAGGCCAUGGCAAAUUCUUCUUCAGGGGAAACGUCUCAGUGGAAGCAGGUAAGAGUCACUUUACUCCUAUCAUACAUUCAUUCCUUCAUUCUCCCACUCACUCACUCAACGAACUAUGAGAUCUUCAUCAGUUUCAUAGAAGUUUAUGGGUAUUCUGUACCUGUGGUCUGCCUGUUCUUAAGGCCAUAUAUCAGUGCACUCAGCCUGGCCCUGUUGAAGCGUCACUGAUCUGAUGUUCAUGUGUUUUGCAGGGCUCCUUGACCUGGAACAGCCAGAUGUUGCGCUGGCAGAUGAAUGGUAAUGCAGGGGGUUAUGGGUAAUAUAGGGGGUUAUGAGCUUGGGCUUGGUCAGUCAAGCAUUAUAUAGGUUACUGCUUUCUGUGGGUGUGUUUGUAAAUUCACUCUGGAGUGCCAGAGUGCGCUCAGAGUGCACUCUGGCCGUUUGUAAAUUCAAAGCGUUGUCAGAUUGUCCGUUCGUAAAAUUCAGAGCAUUUCGCUCUCGGAGUGUUCAGAGCGCACACUGGACGCUCUAGCCGAGGAGUAGGGUUGAUCCGAGCGUUCUGACCUAACAGCGGCAGUCAAGCACCCAAGCUAACUGGCUAAAGUAGGCUAGCUUGCUAGCUAGCUACUUCCAGACACAAAUGAGAGAACACCGCACUCUGACCAUUUUACUCGCCCAAGCAGAGUUGGUCAGGCUGUUUUCAUGUUAUCUAGAGCGUUGGUGACUGUAACUGUGCUGCUGGCAACAAUUUAAUUAGCAGUUUAUUUGCCGAUGUUUACUGACAACCGGUCAUAUUCAAUAUUUGUUGCGCAUUCGUAAAUUCUUCAGUUAUUCUGCGCUGCGCUCUGGCACACUCAGUCAAGAGUGCUCUGAAAUCAGAGUAGAUAGCCCGAGUGAAUUUAUAUGAAUGCACCCUGUAUGUCUUAGUAAGUAUGUUAUGUUGAGCCAUGUGAUAUAACAGCAGGUCAUCUGUUAUGUACUGUUCUGUUCAGCUGAAACGCUGAAACAUUGGCGCUUUGCCUGAAAUAGUUGGGAGUUGGGAGUAUAGAGUGUGACUUUCUAUAUUUUUCUUUCUGUUAUUUAGUUUAGUUUUUGUUGGUCAGCUCCUCAAGUGUCACGUUCAUUGUAUAAAGAAUUGGACCAAGGUGCAUCGUGGUAUGCGUACAUAGUCGUUUAUUCUAAUAAAUACCGACAUAAUAACAAAAUCCAACAGAACGUGAAGUUCAAGAGGCUACACAUACAACAAGCCAAACAGUACUAGAAACAAGAUCCCACAACAUAGGUAGGCAAAAUGGCUGCCUAUGUAUGAUCCCCAAUCAGAGACAACGAUCGACAUCUGCCUCUGAUUGGGCACCACACCCGGCCAACAUAGAAAUAGAUACACUAGAAUGUAUCCAAAUCACACCCUGACCUAACCAAACAGAGAAUAAAGGUGAUGUCUAAGGUCAGGGCGUGACAGUACCCCCCCCCCCCCCCAAGGAGGUGCAGACUCCGGCCGCAAAAACCUGACUUAUUAGGGGAGGGUCCGGGGGUGGGCAUCUAGCCUCGGUGGCGGCUCCGGCUCCGGCUUCGGACGUGACGUAGGCAGUAAACUCUUCUCCCAUCCUGCCUCUCCUUUGCACGCCCGGUCCAGUCUGGACCCCGGCGCGAUGCUCCCCCUCUCAGUCCUCCCACAAUGCACCAAGUCCUGUCUGGACCCUGGUGUGGGAGCCCUCGACCCUGGAGAGGGGCUGACGUCUGGCCCCGGCCCAGCAGUCCUCCCGCGAUGCACCAAGUCCUGUCUGGACCCUGGUGUAGGAGCCCUCGACCCUGGAGAGGGGCUGACGUCUGGUCCCAGCCCAGCAGUCCUCCCGCGAUGCACCAAGUCCUGUCUGGACCCUGGUGUGGGAGCCCUCAACCCUGGAGAGGGGCUGACAUCUGGCCCCGGCCCAGCAGUCCUCCCGCAAUGCACCAAGUCCUGUCUGGACCCUGGUGUAGGAGCCCUCGAUCCUGGAGAGGGGCUGACGUCUGGUCCCAGCCCAGCAGUCCUCCCGCGAUGCACCAAGUCCUGUCUGGACCCUGGUGUGGGAGCCCUCAACCCUGGAGAGGGGCUGACAUCUGGUCCCGGCCCAGCAGUCCUCCCGCGAUGCACCAAGUCCUGUCUGGACCCUGGUGUGGGAGACCCCGACCCUGGAGAGGGGUUGACGUCUGGCUCCGGCUCGGACCCCGGUGGAGCGGAUGGCUCCGGCAUGGGGGAAGAGUAGACGACCGGACCCGGACUGGGCACCGGUGAAGUGGACUGCCCCGGCUCUGGUAGGGAGCAGAUAACCGGAGCUGGACUAGGCACUGGUGGAGCGGACUGCUCUGGCUCUGGAGUGAAGCAGCUGACCGGAGCUGGACUUGGCUCCGGUGGAGUGGACUGCUCUGGCACAGGAGUGGAGCAGCUGACCGGAGCUGGACUAGGAUCCGGUGGAGAGGACUGCUCUGGCACUGGAUUAAAGCAGCUGACCGGAGCUGAAGACUCUGGACUGCAGACCAUCGCAGGAGGCUCUGGACUGCAGACCAUCGCAGGAGGCUCCGGGCCAUGGACCAUCACUGGAGCCUUCGUGCCAUGGAUCAUCACUGGAGGCUUCGUGCCAUGGAUCAUCACUGGAGGCUUCGGGCCAUGGAUCAUCACUGGUGCGGGGCGCUGGCCCAUGAUGCACUGGGCUGUGGACACGCACCGCUGGUUUGGUGCGAGGAGCAGGUACGGGGCGCACUGGGCUGGCGACACGCACCACUGGUUUGGUGCGAGGAGCAGGUACGGGCGUACCGGGCUGGCGAUACGCACCACUGGUUUGGUUGCGAGGAGCAGGCACGGGCCGUACCGGUCUGUGAAGGCGCACUGGUGGCACAGUGCGUAAAUCCGGCGCAUAGCCUGGUGCUUGCACGGUCACACGCUCCUCAAAGCGAGUGCAGGGAGUUGGCUCUCUUCUGAAAUCUGGCUCCACCAGCCUCUGGUCUAAGGACUGAGCUCUCUGCUGCUGGAGGGUUAACUCCUCUCUCAGCUCCUCCUGUUGUCUGGCCAGCUCCUCUCUCCGUGCAUCCACUGACUCCUUCUCCCUGUGGGCCUCCUGCAGCGCCUCCCUCUGGAGGGAGCUCUCCUGCUCUCUCUUAGCUAACAGCCCCCGUAAGGUAGUUAUCUCCUCUCUCAGAGUGCUGAGCUGCAUGUCUUGGAGGGCCUCUAUAAUGGCGGCCUCCUCUUCCUCCACAGUCAGCCCUUUCAGGGCCUCCUUCUGCUCCGUGUGCCCCCCCCAAAAAUGUUUCUUGGGGCUGCUUCUCGUGCUUCCUUUGCGGCCGGCACUGUCGGCGUCGCCGUUGAUCCACUCCUGCCUGGGCUUCCUCCUUCGCCCAGGGUCCUUUACAGGCUAAUAUCUCCUCCCAUGUCCAAAAUGUCUUCCCCACCUGUGUCCAGGGUGUCUGCUCCUCCUGGCCUCGCUGCUUGGUCCGUUACUGGUGGGAUCUUCUGUCACGUUCGUUGUAUAAAGGAUUGGACCAAGGUGCAGCGUGGUAUGCGCACAUAGUCGUUUAUUCUAAUAAACACCGACAUAAUAACAAAAUCCAACAGAACGUGAAGUUCAAGAGGCUACACAUACAACAAGCCAAACAGUACUAGAAACAAGAUCCCACAACAUAGGUAGGCAAAAUGGCUGCCUAUGUAUGAUCCCCAAUCAGAGACAACGAUCGACAGCUGCCUCUGAUUGGGCACCACACCCGGCCAAACAUAGAAAUAGAUACACUAGAAUGUAUCCAAAUCACACCCUGACCUAACCAAACAGAGAAUACAGGUGAUCUCUAAGGUCAGGGCGUGACAUCAAGUGUUUUGUGUGUGCGUCUACCUAUUCAUUUGACAGGACGUAUUGCAACACAGACGAGCACCAUGAGCACCGCUCCCUCUCCCAGAUCCAGGCCAUUAAACUCUACCUGACCGGACGCAAGACAAACAUCAAAUGUAAGUUACACCACACUGGGAUCUAUAGGCUACUGGGGUUUCAUUAUAUAUCCUGGGAAAUCAUAUAACCUUGCCUUAACCCUAACCCUAGCUGCAACCCCAACCCUAACCCUAGCCUUAUAUUCUAUGUCCUGUCUGUAGAGGACUUGGUAGUGUGUUUCCAGGACUGAACCACUCCCUCUCUGCCGUAGGUGACAGGGAGCUGAUCCAGGAGGUGUUGUUUGAUGCUGUGGUCACAGCCCCACUGGAGGCCUACUGGACCGGCCUGGCCCUCAACAAGUCAGAGUGAGUCUAGCCUACUAACUCCUCCUCAACGCCUUUAUGCAACAUACCUCCCUCUGUUGCUCUCUCACAGGAUGAUACUUUAUAAAUUGCCAGGUUGGUCAUAGUUACAAAUAGUUAUGAACAUCAACUCCAUCAAAGUGUCACUAUGUAUCUCUGCUUUCAUCACCUGUGUAGUCAGCCUCUUCCCACAGUUCUCUCUACUCUGUGAUAUUGUGAUUAAUGUGUUUGUUUUCAUUUUUUGUUUGUUUGUUUCAAUCACCGCAACAGGAAUUCAGACAAAGGAGUGGAGAUUGCUUACCUAGGCACACGCACUGGCCUCUCUAGAACCAACCUGUUUGUUGUCCCAGAGCACCUAUCCAAUCAGUGAGUAUGAUACUGAGCAUCUGGCCAAUCAGUGCAACAACUGAGACAAAGCAAUGUAACAGUGAGUUUAGUUUCAGUAGUGACUUGUAGUUUCAGUAGUGACUUGUAGUUUCACCAGUGACUUGUAGUUUAACCAGUGACUUGAAGUUUCAGCAGUGACUUGAAGUUUCUCUUCUGACUCCUCCAUGUCUUCCUGUGUCUCAUUAGAGACUUCCUGAUGGCGGAGGAUAAGGAGGGGGUGUUCAACGCUGACCACUUCCCUCUGUGGUACAAGAGAGCAGCGGAGCAGGUUCCCGGCACCUUCGUCUACUCUAUCCCCUUUGGAGGUAUGGAGACACUUACACAAAAUGUACCUUUACUCUAUAUCCAGAAUCCCCACACCCAACACAAGGUGUUACACCUUCAUCAUUUACUUGCACUGUAUUUGUAUUAUGUUGUCUUUGAAAUACUACUUCAUUUUACUUUAAUCAAUAUACAGUUUUUCUAAUAUACAGUAGCUCACUCUCCCUAACUUGUAAUUGAGUGUCAUCUGCAGCUUAUUUUCCCCACACCCCACUCAAUAGAUCUCUUUAGUUAACCCUGUGUACUGUAUCUCUGUGGGUUACCGUGGAGAUUCUGUGUAUCUGUGUCUCUGAUAUAGGGUGUACUCAGCCUCUUCAUUCCGGGAGACCUGCACACAUUAAUCUGGUCUCCCGUCGCUGAAGGCAACAUCCCGUACCCCAAAAACAUAUUUACCAGCCCUCUGGUUUAUCUAUUUCUGAUCAACUUUUCCUGUCACCGAAGGCAAAUCUAUAAUCCGGAAUGCCUUACCAGUUUGUACGGGCUAUACACUCUGUGAAAAUAAACGUUUAAAUCCAACUUUUCCAGAGUUUACCGAAUUCACACCAUAUCACCCUAAAGGUUAGUUUCCAUCUGAGAUCACACGGUAAUCUUGCAUGGCAGCUACUAUGGAGUAUGGGGACUAGGGAGUGAACUUUGGAAAAUUUUGAUUUAAAUGUUUAUUUUUACCAUAGUUCACACAUUGUAUAGCCCGCUCUGAUCGGUAAGGCAUUCCGUGUUAUAUAUUUGCCUUGUGACGGGAAAGGUUUCCCGGAAAUAGGUAAAUCAGAGGGCUGGUAAAUAUGUUUUCAGGGUAUGGGAUGUCGCCUGCAGUGACGGAUUAAUGUGUACAAGUCUCACUGAGCGAAGAGGCUAGGGUGUACUGUAUAGCUCAUCUCUCUCACUGUAAUGAAUGUAAUUAAUGUGCCCCACUUUCUUCCCACUGAGGGAAGGAGAGGAUCAGGAUCAUACUGUUGUUCCCUGUUGUCUACCAGCCUCUACCUUCCUCUAACUGCUCUUAUCUCUUAGUCUGUUGUUUAAUGUCCCUCCUUUACUCCCACCUCCGCUGUUUAAUACUAUAACCUCCUCCAACAAUCCCUGUCCCCAGAGGUUCUGUAGUGCUAUUACCAGAACUGUUUUUUCCACAGAACACAUCACUCUCUCUGUGUCAGAAUAAUUUCAAACAUCCUGGUUGUAGCGUACUGAUGGAAUUCCAUCACUGAGUGUGGUACUGUGGGUUGCGAUUGCCUGCUGAAAGCUGUUGGUAUGGCGCCAUCUUUUGGUUAGAAAAGGUGUUUUCUCUUUUAUUUCUGUGACUUGGUUUUCCUGCUGUGAUUAUGCAGAGGUGCUGAGGGUGGAAUGGAAUAUAUAGUGUAUUUUAUAAGAUCUAUUGAAAUAGUAGAAAUUGUUAUUUUCCUUACACAACAUUUGUUGAUUGAGGCUAAUGUCUGUGCUCUGUGUUCCUGUUUUUCUCCAGGAAAUAAGAAUAAGAGUGUGGUUUUGGCCAGCACCGCCAUACAGCUGCUGGAUGACAGGAAGUCGCCUAUUGUUGCUUGUAAGCUCCCUGAAAAAACCUUAACUUCUCCCUAGAAGUCUCCCUAGAAUAGUGUAUAAUGCCCCUAACAUAGAGAGCUACUGUACCUGUUACAGGCUUCUAACUGUAAUGUUUUCGAUAUAAAGCCCCCUUUGAAGACGUGUGAAGAAACUCUUUAAUACAUUUGUAAUUCCUCUUCUAGAUCUACAGUGUGCUGACUGUGUUCUGUUUGUGUUUUUGUUAAAUUCACUAUAGCCGUUGGGAUUCAGAUGAAGCUGGAUUUCUUUCAGAGGAAGUUCUGGACCGCUAGCAGACAGGUAGACAAACACACACAAACACACAACACACACACACACACACACACACACACACACACACACACACACACACACACACACACACACACACACACACACAUACACAUAAACAAUAUCCAGUGCUGUGAGACAUGCUUUAUUGAUUAUUCUAAUAAUUGAUUCAUCUUAUUGAUUCGAUCCAGUGUGCUGCUCUGGAUGGGAAGUGCACCAUAAGCUGUGAUAAUGAGGUAAGACCAGACAGUACCUGUCUGUCACUGUCUCAUGCUACUUCCUGUUUCUUAGCCUCUGGUCUGUGUCUCAGCUUUUCUACUUCCUGUCUGUACUGUCUGUGACCUUUCUCUGUUUCCUCUCAGUAUUGAAUUACUAAAUUAUGUCAUGCCUUGAAGAUUGAUCUGUAUUUCUAACAGGACAUCAAGUGUUACCUUAUAGACAACAACGGAUUUAUUCUGGUCACAGAGGACUACUCUCAGGUACCAUUAAUAAUAUAAUAGACACGUGUGUGUGUGUGUGUGUGUGUGUGUGUGUGUGUCCCGUAGCUCCCCUGGCUCCUAGUAUUUGCCUUUAAAUAAACAUCUUCUUCCUCAGACUGGGCUGUUCUUUGGUGAGGUGGAGGGUGCUGUUAUGAACAAGCUGCUUCUCAUGGGCUCCUUCAAAAGGUUAGAGGAGAAAUCCUGUUACAGUCGUACCCUGAACACACACACACACACACACACACACUGAGAAUGGUCUAUUGUCUCCUCUCUCUAGGAUCACUCUGUAUGACUACCAGGCUCUCUGUAGAGAGUAUGCUGGCAGCAGUGACAGCUCCUGCUCUUUAUCACAUGUAAGUACUGCCCCUAAAUAGUAUCACAUGUAGGUACUGCCCCUAAAUAGUAUCACAUGUAAGCACUGCCCCUAAAUAGUAUCACAUGUAGGUACUGCCCCUAAAUAGUAUCACAUGUAAGUACUGCCCCUAAAUAGUAUCACAUGUAAGCACUGUCCCUAAAUAGUAUCACAUGUAAGUACUGCCCCUAAAUAGUAUCACAUGUAAGUACUGCCCCUAAAUUGUAUCACAUGUAAGUACUGCCCCUAAAUAGUAUCACAUGUAAGUACUGUCCCUAAAUAGUAUCACAUGUAAGUACUGUCCCUAAAUAUUAUCACAUGUAAGUACUGCCCCUAAAUAUUAUCACAUGUAAGUACUGCCCCUAAAUUGUAUCACAUGUAAGUACUGCCCCUAAAUAGGUCCGGUGUAGCUCAGUUGGUAGAGCAUAGCGCUUGCAACGCCAGGGUUGUGGGUUCGAUUCCCACGGGGGGCCAGUAUGAAAAAAAAUGUAUGCACUCACUAACUGUAAGUCGCUUUGGAUAAGAGUGUCUGCUAAAUGACGUAAAUGUAAAUACUAUCACAUGUAAGUAUUGCCCCUAAAUAGUAUCACAUGUAAGAACUGCCCCUAAAUACUAUCACAUGUAAGUACUGCCCCUAAAUAGUAUCACAUGUAAGAACUGCCCCUAAAUACUAUCACAUGUAAGAACUGCCCCUAAAUACUAUCACAUGUAAGUACUGUCCCUAAAUAGUAUCACAUGUAAGUACUGUUCCUAAAUAUUAUCACAUGUCCCAAAACUACUCAUCAGACUUACAUACAUCCAGUCAAUGCUAAUUAUUUAAUUUCUUCUCUCCCAGCCCUUCUCCAUUGUGAAAUGGCUCCUGACCGAACUUGUCAUGUGAGAAUAAUAAAAGAAUCACCUUGAAACGAUAAAAUAAUGAGAUGCAUUGAUUAUCAACCACAGUACAUAUUAUUGUAUAAAUGUAUGUUCGUGUUAUCCUCAUCAGUUUCCUGCUGGAGUUCAACCUUUACAGCUGGUGGCAUGUUGAUCUCUCAGUCAAAGGUCAGUAUGUGCAAGAACAUACCUUGAGGUGUGUGUGUGUCUGUAGGUGCGUGCGUGUCUAUGUCUGUGGGUGCUUGCACACAUGCAUGUGUGUGUGUGAGUCUUGCGUGUUUUUAGUAUGUUAAGAUUUACAUAUCCCAUUUCCAGCCCAAAGAUCGAGGGGAAAGACCAUGAUGGUGCCAUGUGACACGGAGUACCCUGCCUUCGUCUCUGAGCGCACCAUCAAAGAGACCACGGGAAACAUCGACUGUGAGGGCUGUGCCAGGUACUGGUAACAGUUACCUUACCUGUAUCUUAGGCACUGAUAAACUCACUUAGCCUGUGUGUUGAUGGUGUAUACACUAUACAGGGUAAUUUCAUGCAUUAGUGUAGUAAUAUUAAAAGCAUCAACUGAAUCAACGCAACUCUCUCUUUAUUUCUCUCUCUCUCUCGCUUUUUGUCUCUCUCUUUCUGUCUUUCAUUCCGUCUCUCUCUCCCUCCUCAGAUCUUUUGUAAUUCAGCAAAUUCCUAGUAGUAACCUCUUCAUGGUCGUCGUGGACAACAAGUGUGACUGCAGUUCUGCCCCCCUGGUUUCCAUGGAUCCCAUCGAGAUUAUGUAUAUCCUUUACUAAGCCUCAAUACGUUUGAGGAGUUUGAGUGUAUUUUUAGUACAAAGCUUUUGUGAGUAUUUUUUUGUAGAAAUAUUUUGUAAGUAAAUGUUUAGUAGAUGGGUUUUGUAAGUUAACUGUAAGUGAACUCUGAACUUUUGUUUUCUGAGAACGUGAACAACCUUUUUCAUUGUCAGAGGUAUUAAUACAUUUCUCAUACAUGUAGGUAUUUAUGAAGCGUGCGUUAUGGUUUUUGUUUUCUCAUCAUGCUAGAAUGAUGUUGCAGAAAUGGUCACCACAGUGUCAGUUAAAUGUAUCUGAGGUAUCUGAGGUUUGCUUCAUCAUCAGUAUUUCUAUCCUUAACCCCUCUGCACACAAUGAGUCUCUGAAAUGUGAUAGGCUGAAGUUUCAGAAGGACAGAAAGCGGCCAGAAUCGUGUCAUCCUUUCCAUCCCGAGGUACGCAGUAUGUAGAUGUGUGUGUGCGUCUGCGUCACAAUUCUGUGAUUACACAAAAAGUACAUGAAUGCCUGUUUGAGUGUUUAAUAAUGUGACAUUAAGCAUAUAUGUGACCAUCUGUAUAUUGUCUGAACCAUAUAAAUAUAUAGUGUAUGUAUUAAUUAAUUUCUAAGGUCUGAAACUCCUGUGAUGCCCCCUGUGUCUGAUGCAGGAGAAUGCCAUGGAGUGUGGAAGAGCAGCAGGCCUAUCUGCCCCCCUCACAGCAGCACUGCUCCCCCUACUGGCCACUCUCAUUAGCAGGUGACCACACCGCCCCCGAGGCCAACCGUCCUGGACCCAACACAGGACCCAACACUGGAGAGAUUGAUAGACUGGCGCACCAUCAAAUGAUGACAACACACAGGGAGCCUCGCCAACAAGAAUAA